AUGACUAAGUCCUAUGAGUUUAACUGGCAGAAGCACCUGCCUGGCUUCAUGCAGGAAGGAGCUUCCUUCGACAGGUUUGACGAGGUGAGAAACAAACUGCCAACAUUUUGGCAAACAUACAGUAGUUUAAAAAAAGUAUAAUUGCCACAGAGUGCCAACUGUCAACCUGUCCUCCAACCAAUCCUCCAUGUUGACAAAUUAUUUACACACACUAUCCUAACUACAAUGUAAUUGUCUCUGUACUUUGGGUGCUAUCAGAAUUAGUGCAUCUCAAACAAGGUUAGCCUGAAACCCUAUAUCUAUGGCCUGUAGCUCUGUGUGUCUGGGAAGCAGUGGUACACCCCACACUACACUAAUGACAGUCCUCUCAUGGGACAUUAAGACACAAACACACACAUGAGUAGGGCCAUCUCCUUUAUGGCAUUUAUAAAUCAGUGUGUUAGGCCACACACACACACACACACACACACACACACACACACACACACACACACACGUAGGGCUAUCCCCAUUAUGUCAUAAUAACUCAUUGUGUUAGUAAUCAGAGAUACAGACAGUCACCACAUUGAUCCACCACAUUAACCAACUUUGUCAUGGCGACCAAAAGUCUGACAGCCUGCUGUGAGUGUGUGUGGUGUGUGUCGGCGUGUGUGUGUGUCCUCCCUCCCUGUGUCCUCCCUUCCACAUUUCCCCUCUCUAACUCAAUCAGGCCAGUUAGGUGGGGGAUGGCAAAUCUAGGACUGGGCGUGCCACACACACACACACACACACACACACACACACACACGGCGAGAUAACGAUCAGGAAUCUCUUUAAUGAAGUCUUCAGUGAAGAGGAUCCCUCCAUGGAUAAACACAGAGGCAAAAAAACGUCAUCACUAACAUCAAAGGGCAUAUUUAACUGAGCCUUGGAAAUAGGACAGCCUGGUUACUUUGGAAUAAACUCCUCUGUGUAUUAACUUAGUGUGUAUUUCUGUGGUCCUACUAGCUAGGGGGCCUCUACCCUGCUAGGACUUUUGGGAGACUGGGUGGCUGGGUGGAGAGCUUUAGUGAAUCUCUGCCAAGCUUCUGGUGAAUCUAGUUCAUAACCGACAAGCUGUUCAUUCACACAUUUUUAACAUAUUGAUUAAAGUUUGCUAGGAGAGGAUAAAAAGACGAGAACCCAGUUGUUUGAUCUUGAUAUGUAUCCUCCGUUACAUUUAAUACAUUUUGGUUGAUAUUUGAGUUGAGUUGUCAACCAACUUAUAUCCAACUUGAAAUAAACCACAGAGCUAGCUUAGCAUGGCUAACUAUGGGUAUUUUCUGAUAGGCUACAAGUGUAGAAAAGAAAUAGAAUGAAUAACAUUAGCUAGCAAGCAACGCUACUGAUCUGUGUGUUUAUGGGCAGUGUUAUGAGAUGUAGGUCAUUUUGGAGGGGAUUGCUUUAUAUCUCAGAUAGAAAAUAGUAGCAAGCAACUGACCAUGGUUGGCCCUGUUUGACUUGCUUCUCUCUCUCUUUACAUAUCAUAUGUAGGGUCUAAUCACAAUCAACAAAAGUGAUCAUUAGCCAGCCUUUGAAAAUGCCAAACCUCGACCCGAUGCUCAGAAAACAGUGAUGAACCUUAUUAUGAUUAAAGAACAACAUAAUUAUUAAAAGCUGGAAGUAGUCUACCUUGGAGUUAUCUGAAAGUGUGUGUGUGUGUGUGUGUGUGUGUGUGUGUGUGUGUGUGUGUGUGUGUGUGUGAUAAUAGCUGUUGCUCAGGCUGGCUAAUAGAAGGCCUGCAGGGGACGUCUGUGUUGAUUAACAUGGCAGACGCGCCUCGCCCACACACACAGACACACGCUUAAAUAUGCUAAUCAGAAAGGAUUCUUCCAGAGUCCGCUCUCAGCUCACUUAAACCCCACAGCGCAACAGACGGUGAAGACGGGGCAGUGCAUACUAAUCCCAACGUGAGAGCAAUAGCCAUUAACAGUUUGAUACUCAGCAUGGUCUCUGUAUUGAAGUGAUGUCUGUCUUUGUGGUAUCCAACACAAACAUAUGACGCACAUACAGACACUGAGUGGGAGAGAUAGUCAUUGAUGUUGGACCAUAUUGUUGCCUAGCUUCUCUGCUUCUCUUCUCUGCCUCAUUUGACUGGCAGUGAUACUUUAAAUAGCCCUUUCAAACUCUUGAUCAAUUGUAUCUCCUGACCUGGUCGACUGUACUGUAUCUCUCUAUCUAUCAUCUACGUUCACCUCAGAAGAAUUAAGAAGGUAAAUAGGAGACUGUCAAGGUGACGUUGAGUCACCCCUCCGUCCUUAGGGACAUGUGUGUCUGUGUGUGUAUGUAUGUGUGUGUGUGUGCGUGCAUGUGUGUGUGUCCUUUGGGACUUCCCUUACCAUUAGUUCUCAGUAAUCAGUCAAAAGGUUUCCAUGGGGACCAAGUAAUCUGUGACGACAUGAUUACUGGGAAUUGCCAGGGACCUCACGAUAUGAUAUUAUCACAAUACUUUUGUGCGGAUAAUAUAUGUAUUGCGAUUCUCACAAUUCUCACGAUUUUCCCAUUCCUUUCCUUUCCUUUCUAUAUGUACAUACUGGUGUAAUAUGCAGUGCCUUCAGAAAGUAUUCAGACCAAUUUAAAUUUCCACAUAUUGUUACGUUACAGCCUUAUUCUAAAAUUGAUUAAAUAAAUACAAAUCCUCAUCAAUCUACACACAAUACCCCAUAAUGACAAAGUGAAAACAGCUUUUUAGAAAUGUAUGUACAGUUAUUAAACAUAAAAAACAGAAAUAUACCUUAUUUACAUAAGUAUUCAGACCCUUUGCUACGAGGUUCGAAAUUGAGCUCAGGUGCAUCCUGUUUCCAUUGAUCAUCCUUGAGAUGUUUCUACAACUUGAUUGGUGUCCACCUGUGGUAAAUUCAAUUGAUUGGACAUGAUUUGUAAAGGAACACACCUGUCUAUAUAAGGCCCCACAGUUGACAGUGCAUGUCAGAGCAAAAACCAAGCCAUGAGGUCGAAGGAAUUGUCUGUAGAGCUCCGAGACAUGAUUGUGUCGAGGCACAGAUCUGGGUAACGGUACCAAAACAUUUCUGCAUUAUUGAAGGUCCUCAAGAACACAUUGGCCUCCAUAAUUCUUAAAUGGAAGAAGUUUGGAACCACCAAGACUCUUCUUAGAGCUGGCCGUCCGGCCAAACGGGCGAUGCUGUGGGGAUGUUUUUCAGCGGCAGGGACUGGGAGACUAGUCAGGAUCGAGGGAAAGAUGAACGGAGCAAAGUACAAAGAGAUCCUUCUCCAGAGCGCUCAGGACCUCAGACUGGGGCGAAGGUUCACCUUCCAACAGGACAACGACCCUAAGCACACAGCCAAGACAAUGCAGAAGUGGCUUCAGGACAAGUCUCUGAAUGUCCUUGAGUGGCCCAGCCAGAGCCCGGACUUCAACCCGAUCGAAUAUCUCUGGAGAGACCUGAAAAUAGCUGUGCAGCGACGCUCCCCAUCCAACCUGACCGAGCUUGAGAGGAUCUGCAGAGAAGAAUGGGACAAACUUCCCAAAUACAUGUGUGCCAAGCUUGUAGCGUCAUACCCAAGAAGACUCGAGGCUGUAAUCGCUGCAAAAGGUCCUUCAACAAAGUACUGAGUAAAGGGUCUGAAUACUUAUGUAAAUUUGAUAUUUCAGUUUUAUAUUUUGAAUACAUUUGCAAAAUAAUCUAUAAACCUGAUUUUGCUUUGUCAUUAUGGGGUAUUGUGUGUAGAUUGGUGAGGGAAAUGUAAUCUAUUUUAGAAUAAGACUGUAUCGUAAACAAAAUGUGGAAUAAGUCAAGGAUUCUGAAUACUUUCCGAAUGAUUUGUAUUGUGAUUCGAUACUGGGAUUUUAUUGCGAUUCGAUGUUCCAAACAUAUUGCUCACCGUACGUUUGCAGAGGGACAAGACAGAGCCAUGAGAAAACAAGUUUUGAUCAGUCAUGGAAAUAAAAGUGCUGAAAACAAAUUGGCUCCCUAACUAAAAAGAAGAUGGAGAACAAGCUAUGCAGGAAAAGUACUGGAGAUUUGGUACAGGUAAAGCCAACUAGCGCAAAAAUAAUAUUGCAAUAUUGUCAAAACAAUACGAUACGAUAUAUAGUCAAAAAUAAUAUCCUGAUAUGCAACUGUAUCGAUUUUUUACUGCAUCACUAAUGACUUCAUUGAGAGAGAGUGAGAGAGAGAGAGAGAGAGAGAGAGAGAGAGACCAUGUUGCCCAACAAUGAUCUAUCUGCACUGACAAGAUGAUGAUAAAAGUGUUAGAAUGGAAAUGAGACUGACAUAAGCUGAUGGUCAAUGUUCGUUCACUAAUACUAAUGAUGGCAGUAGAGGGAGAUGGAAUAAUGUGCAGGGGAAACAUUUCCUGGACCCAUUGCCGGUCUGCUCCCUGACGAUGCUCUAAUUAGUUUAGGGACAUCAGGGUGUGUGUGUGUAGGCUUACGUGUGUAUGUGCAUGCACUGUAUGUGGUUUCAAAGACCAGUCAUUUCCAUCUCUCCAUCUUCCAUUCUCCCACUUUCCGUAGCAGAGGAAAGAUGAGGAAGGGAUGACAGUAUUCCCCUUCUGUACCCUCCUCACUGAUGGUUCACAUCAUCUUCCUCUGCCUCCCUCAUUACUGAGUCCACACACACACAUACACACACACACACACACACACACACUCACACACACAUACAGACAGCUGCCAGUGACUCAGACAGCUAAUGGAGAAUAAAACGCCGAGCCACACUGACAAUCAAAAUGGCCGCAGCAACAGUCUGUCUGAUGUCUACUGUGAGUGGACAGUAUUCUAGAUCCUCAGAGGUAGUGUGUAUCAGGCCUUAAGUCUUAGUGAGGCACUAAGGCACUUCUAGGAUUUGAUUUGUUCUGUGUGUUAAUGUUAGCUACUUACUCAGUCAAUCAUGUCAGAGACUAGCAGAUAGUUGAGUCAUUCCAUAAGCAUUAGUCUGUUUGGUUUGACAGAUGUUUAUAGUUGGUUUUAUUUAUAGUAGCUUUAAUAUAUGCUAGCAAUGGGCCAUGACAAAUUUGAUAGAAACCCUGCUUGUUUCUCGCAUUUACAGAUUCUGGAUGUCUCUGUCUCCUGUAGAGAACACGAACACUGUGGAUCCCCAGGCCUGCUUUUUAACAGUCGUGUGUGUGUGUGUCGACGUGUGUGUGUGUCAGCGUGUGUGUCGGUGUGUGUGUUUAAAGAACUGGGUGAUGGAUUGGUAACUCUUAGAGGAGGGAACCAUGCUGCAGUCAAAACACACGCACACACACACACUUAAGGGCUCGACAUUAAUACUUGUCCUCUUGUCCGGGACAAGUUUUUAAAAAAUGUCGGACAAGAAGAAUAUAUUUUAUGUACAUAAAUACAAAAGCCUAUAUGUCAAAGUGUUGGUGAUAUGCAUAUUGGCUAUAGCCUCAUGUCCAAACCAAUGUAGGCAAACUUUAAUGAGACUUUUAAUUAGGACAGUCAUGUUUGGCAAAUAUAAUGAAGGAUCAUUUACAUUAACGUCUAAGGCUUGAUUUUGUCGACAUACUCGAGGCAUGGUUCUUUCAGAUCAAAUGGUCACAAGACUGGAGUGUGGAGGACAGUGUCUGUUGUGCACCGAACAUCAUCACCCACCUUGAAUCUGAGCUGAGACGGUCAGCAUUUUAAACUAUUUAACCAUAAACGUAAUUGUUUAAAACCUGGACGUUUCAUGUCAUUUUAUGAAGCAUGUCUUUACCUCGUUUCAAAGUAGCCUAGCCUAGCCAAAAUACGACCAUAGAAUUGUUGAGGGAAUUAUUUUAUCAACACUUAAUAUGCCAUUGAAACCAUCAUUUUUCUCAUGUUCUAUUGGUUUUCAAAUCAACGUUUAUAAAACAAAAAUGUCCAGCAGCCAAAGUCAUAAUCUUAAUCAUAUAAAUAACCCAUGCUAGUAGAUGCAUCUUUAGAUAUCCCCUCUUUCUUAAUUUAUGGAUAUUUUCAUCUCUGUCACAUGAAACCACUCACGUGAGCUUUUUAGAAUGGUGUUUUCCUGCUAAUUGCAUUUUGGAACAUUCCCCCAUAGCCUACAGCCAUAUGCGCAUUGUUGAGCUUAUAAAGAAAUAAAACGUUAUCAACAUGUUAAGCUAAACCAUCUGAUCUCAUUGCUUAAAAAAAUAUAUAUAUGUGCAGUUGUAUGCAUUUUGGAUCUGUAGUCCCAGAACAGAGUCUGUUUUGGACUUAUUUUUUUAUUGCCCUUAAUUUUGAACCCUGGAGGGAAUUAUUUUAUAAAGACAUAAAAAGUAUUUGGUUGUAAUUUUGCUAUAUGUUUUUAGACCAUCGCAGCCAGGUUACCUCUUAGAAGGAAGAAGAACCCAGCCUAAUAUUGUAGAUACUAGCUAUAACAGACGUCUUUACAAGGUGAAUACAACAUUUAAGGAAGUUGGAAACCGCAAGGUGAAUACAACAUUUACACCAAACAGCAUUCUUGGUGGUUUCCAACAUCCUUAAAUGUCAGGACUGUUAGUUAUAAGGCUGGGAUCCGAUAACAGUAUAUGCAUUAACUAACAGCCAUAUUUUUGGUGUCGAGCAGCACAUGAACUGGAGCCUGCUUCCUCUCUAGGUUUAUUCCUAGGCUCCUGCCUUUCUAGGGAGUUUUUCCUAGCCACCAUGCUUCUACAUCUGCAUUGCUUGCUCUUUGGGGUUUUAGGCUAGGUUUCUGAAUAAGCACUUUGUUACAACUGCUGAUGUAAAAAUUGAUUUAUAAAAUGUAUUUGAUUGAUUGAUUGAUUGAACUGAAGGCUUACCAUAAUCUCGCUGAAACAACACAUCCUGCAGUGUGUGUGUGUGUGUGUGUGUGUGUGUGUGUGUGUGUGUGUGUGUCACUCACUGUUUCCUUUAUCUCUGCAACGACCCUCUACUCUAUCUCUCUCUUACACACACAUAGACACUCACUUAGAAUGCGGCAGGCAAAUGGAUGGACUACGGGAAUGUAAUCCAAAUGACUUUGCUAUUACUCUGUUGCCAGCCCACCCGCUACUUACUCCCUCUCUGUCUCUCUCUCUUUCACACAACAAACAUACACACGAGGCCUCCAGUCAGAGCCUGGGACUAUAUUUAUCUCCCUCCCCGCCUUAUGAGCUUCACCGUCUGGCCCGCUGACAGACUGCUGCCCCCACGCCUGAAGCAAACCUGGCUGUUUGACUAAUAACCGCCUCAUGGAUUUGUAACUGGGUGGUUUACCACAUUAAGUAGACUGUAAAUAAAGCACAACUCUAUCCUUUAAAUUAGGGGAUUGAAUUAGUAGGUUAGGAACUAUUUCUCUAAAGAAGUUAUACUCUUGCUCUGACGCAAUGGUUUAUUAAAAAAGUCUCCAACGUCACAGUAAACAUAUAACAGGAAGUGGAAGACUAGAUUUAGCCAGGAUAAUUUAUAUUUUAUAAUAUAUCCAGGAGGCCAGUGAGUGUUGCCUGCCACGUUAAUCAGGUUAUGUCCUGUCACCAAGGUAGCAGCUGGUUGGUGUGUAUGGUACCAAGACACUGUUUGCAUUCAACAGUUCAUGACAUUCACAUUUAUCUGUGUUUGUGUUAGUCCUAGCACAAGGUCCUCCUGUCCUGCACGCACAGGGUGUAGGUGUCUGUGUUCUCCUUGUGUGUGUGUGUGUUACAUCUUUAAAAAUGAAUUAUCGAUGCUGCUGUUUAUCUUGUUGCGUAAGCCGUGUGUGUGCUAGCUAGGUAAUGGAGGGGAUGCGUAAUGUCCUCGCACAUCAAAUAAAACCUCAAUUGGCUCUCUAAUUAAAAUGCUUCUGUCUUGUAGGAUCCGUUUCUGUUUGAGCCCAACUGUCUGGUCAAAGUGGACGAGUUUGGCUUCUUCAUCACGUGGAAGAGCGAUGGAAAGGUACAGUCUGUCAACCAUAUCUGUGUAUAUAAAAGGCUUCGUUCUCAUCCUCUUACUCAAUGCAGUGCCCUGUCUUUGUGUUCUGAGUGUAUUCAGAGAGAGAAAAUAAAGACAUCCAUCUCCUCCACCUCACAACGUUACCAUUCCAGCCACAGGGUCAAGUCAUAAUUGGGGUGACGGUAGCGUGACUAAGGGCAGCGGUACUUGAAGUGGCCAAGGCAACAGAACAGAGGAGAGGAGAGUUAGUCAGUUGUUUCAUUGUUCCCACCACCGUUAAUACACUAUUGAUUGAGUUUCAAGAGCUCUCUCUCUCUCUCUCUCUCUGGGGUACUGUAUUUAUCUCAGCUACAUGGGGCCUGUAGUUAGAUGUCAUUUAAAACAGCCGUAUCUGGCCACUAGCAGCAUAUUGUAUGUCUAUGGAGCUUCUGGAACUGACAGUCAGGUUGCUACAGUAAUCCGACAAAGCUAGGUGAGGUUUGGGGAGUGGGGUGGAAUGAGAGUAUGUUUGUUUUGUUUGGCAUUGACAAUAUCUAUUUUCCUCUCUCUGUCUCUCCCUCUCUCUCUUCUUUCUCUCUCCUCUCUCCCUCCAUCUUUCUCUCUCUAUUCUCUCUCUCUCUCUUCUUUCUCUCUCCUCUCUCCCUCCAUCUUUCUCUCUCUAUCUCUCUUCUUUCUCUCUCCUCUCUCCCUCCAUCUCUCUCUCUCUCUCUCUCUCUCUCUCUCUCUCUCUCUCUCUCUCUCUCUCUCUCUUUCUACAGGAGGGCCAGGUUCUAGAAUGUUCUCUGAUCAACAGUAUUCGAGUCGGAGCCGUGCCAAGGGUGAGACCUUGGGAACACAGUUUCCUUCCUUAGUCCCUACCUUCCUCCCUCCCACUUUCAAAUUAUACCCACUCCUCUUCUUCCUCAAUCCUCUCUACCUCUCCGACUCUCUCUCCAUCCAUCUCCUCGACCUCACGACCUUACCAUUCCAGCCACAGGGUCAAGUCAUAAUUGGGGUGACGGUAGCGUGACUAAGGGCAGCGAUACUUGAAGUGGCCAAGGCAACAGAACAGAGGAGAGGAGAGUUAGUCAGUUGUUCCAUUGUUCCCACCACUGUUAAUACACUAUUGAUUGAGUUUCAAGAGCUGGAGCUGUGAAAGCUGAGGGUAGUUGGGGAAAUAUAGCCUACUGCUUGCUGCUCGUUGCCCUUCAUACAGUGAGGGAAAAAAGUAUUUGAUCCCCUGCUGAUUUUGUACGUUUGCCCACUGACAAAGUGUCAAGGGGUGCUGAGGGGGGUGUGGUGCAGGAAUCAAGCGCAGGACGCAGAAGCUUAGUCCAAAAGACUUUAGUGAGUUAUUCACGUAGUACACGAGAACCAUAAGCCCGGAGGCGAAAUAAAGGCGUCAAACAAAAGGCGCACUAACAUGUGCGAAAACCUCUCCAAACAACGGAGGGAAGAUACGUAGCUCAGAACACCAAACAGAGGAGCAAUCACACACAACACCCAACACACACAACGAGAACUAAAUAGGACACUAACGAGGACUAACUAGACACAGGUGUACAACAUCAAGACAAAACCAAACGAACAUGAAACAUAGAUCGGUGGCAGCUAGUACUCCGGGGACGACGACCGCCGAAACCUGCCCGAACAAGGAGGAGGAGCAGCCUCGGCCGAAACCGUGACACAAAGAAAUUAUCAGUCUAUAAUUUUGCAAAACAUGACUUAGUACUUGGUGGCAAAACCCUUGUUGGCAAUCACAGAUGUCAGACGUUUCUUGUAGUUGGCCACCAGGUUUGCACACAUCUCAGGAGUGAUUUUGUCCCACUCCUCUUUGCAGAUCUUCUCCAAGUCAUUAAGGUUUCGAAGGCUGACGUUUGGCAACUCGAACCUUCAGCUCCCUCCACAGAUUUUCUAUGGGAUUAAGGUCUGGAGACUGGCUAGGCCACUCCAGGACCUUAAUGUGCUUCUUCUUGACCCACUCCUUUGUUGCCUUGGCCGUGUGUUUUGGGUCAUUGUCAUGCUGGAAUACCCAUCCACGACCCAUUUUCAAUGCCCUGGCUGAGGGAAGGAGGUUCUCACCCAAGAUUUGAUGGUACAUGGCCCCGUCCAUCGUCCCUUUGAUGCAGUGAAGUUGUCCUGUCCCCUUAGCAGAAAAACACCCCCAAAGCAUAAUGUUUCCACCUCCAUGUUUGACGGUGGGGAUGGUGUUCUUGGGGUCAUAGGCAGCAUUCCUCCUCCUCCAAACACGGCGAGUUGAGUUGAUGCCAAAGAGCUCAAUUUUGGUCUAAUCUCACUUUCACCCAGUUCUCCUCUGAAUCAUUCAGAUGUUCAUUGCUUUCUUCAGCAGGGGGACCUUGCGGGCGCUGCAGGAUUUCAGUCCUUCACGGCGUAGUGUGUUACCAAUUGUUUUCUUGGUGACUAUGGUCCCAGCUGCCUUGAGAUCAUUGACAAGAUCCUCCCGUGUAGUUCUGGGCUGAUUCCUCACCGUUCUAAUGAUCAUUGCAACUCCACGAGGUGAGAUCUUGCAUGGAGCCCCAGGCCGAGGGAGAUUGACAGUUAUAAUGUGUUUCUUCCAUUUUCGAAUAAUCGCACCAACUGUUGUCACCUUCUCACCAAGCUGCUUGGCGAUGGUCUUGUAGCCCGUUCCAGCCUUGUGUAGGUCUACAAUCUUGUCCCUGACAUCCUUGGAGAGCUCUUUGGUCUUGGCCAUGGUGGAGAGUUUGGAAUCUGAUUGAUUGAUUGCUUCUGUGGACAGGUGUCUUUUAUACAGGUAACAAACUGAGAUUAGGAGCACUCCCUUUAAGAGUGUGCUCCUAAUCUCAGCUCGUUACCUGUAUAAAAGACACCUGGGAGCCAGAAAUCUUUCUGAUUGAGAGGGGGUCAAAUACUUAUUUCCCUCAUUAAAAUGCAAAUCAAUUUAUAAAAUUUUUGACAUGCGUUUUUCUGGAUUAUUUUGUUGUUAUUCUGUCUCUCACUGUUCAAAUAAACCUACCAUUAAAAUUAUAGACUGAUCAUUUCUUUGUCAGUGGGCAAACGUACAAAAUCAGCAGGGGAUCAAAUACUUUUUUCCCUCACUGUAUCUUAGACCAGGUACAGCUACAGGUAACUGCCAAAAUAAAGGAAACCGCAACUUAAUAAGGCCUUGGGCCACCACGACCCGCCAGAACAGCUUCAAUGCGCCUUGGCAUAGAUUCUACAAGUGUCUGUGUCAAAAGAACCGAUGUGGAUGUGGUGGAGGAGUCAGGCGCAGGACACAGAGGAUUCGUCCAAAAGACUUUACUAGUCCAAAGUGCAACAAAACAAUACACGACCUCGAAAACAAACGGAGGCGAGGGAAUUACGCAACAUGCGUAAAACAAUAAACAAAACUAACAGAGCGCAAACACGCAGCUCCGCACGACAGGCAAACAACAACACACAAUCUAACUAAUACAAAACAGGGAACUUAUAAGACACGUAAUCAGAACACAAACAGACACAGGUGUACAAUACAGACUAAAGCAAUCACACCACGAAACAUACAACGGUGGCAGCUAGUACUCCGGGGACGGCGAACGCCGAAGCCUGCCCGAACCAGGAGGAGGAGCAGUCUCGGCCGAAACCGUGACAGUACCCCCCCCCUUGACGCGCGGCUCCAGCCGUGCGCCGACCCCGGCCUCGGGGACGGCCAGGAGGACGCGGACCCGGGCAUGUGGGAUGCCCACGGUGGAACUCAGUCAGGAGGGAUGGAUCGAGGAUGUCCCUCCUAGGCACCCAGCACCGUUCCUCCGGACCGUACCCCUCCCACUCCACGAGAUACUGGAGACCACUCAUCCGGCGCCUCGAGUCCAAGAUGGUCCGGACCCUGUACGCAGGGGCCCCCUCGAUGUCCAAAGGGGGCGGAGGGGUCUCUCCUAUCUCAUCUUCUUGGAGUGGGCCAGCUACCACCGGCCUGAGAAGAGACACAUGGAACGAGGGGUUAAUAUUUUUGUAUUCAAUAGGCAGUUGUAACCUGUAACACACCUCGUUCAAUCUUCUCAGGACUUUGAAGGGCCCCACAAACCGCCGACCCAGCUUCCGGCAGGGCAGGCGGAGGGGCAGGUUUCGAGUCGAGAGCCAGACUCGAUCUCCCGGUGCGUACACCGGUCCCUCACUGCGGUGGCGAUCGGCGCUCGCCUUUUGUUGACGGAUGGCCCGCUGCAGAUGGACAUGGGCAGCGUCCCACGUCUCCUCCGAGCGCCGAAUCCACUCGUCCACCGCAGGGGCCUCGAUCUGGCUCUCGUGCCACGGUGCCAGGACCGGCUGAUACCCUAAAACACACUGGAAAGGUGUUAAACCGGUGGAGGAGUGGCGGAGAGAGUUCUGGGCCAUCUCAUCCCAGGGGAUAUACCUGGACCACUCCUCCGGCCGGUCCCGGCAAUAGGACCUCAAAAACCUACCCACAUCCUGGUUGACUCGUUCAACCUGCCCAUUGCUCUCUGGGUGGUACCCCGAGGUAAGGCUCACAGAGACCCCCAAGCGUUCCAUGAACGCCCCCCCAGACUCUGGAGGUAAACUGGGGACCUCGGUCAGACACAAUAUCCUCGGGGACCCCAUAGUGCCGGAACACGUGGGUAAAUAGGGCCUCGGCGGUCUGUAGGGCAGUAGGGAGACCCGGCAUUGGGAGGAGACGACAGGCCUUGGAAAACCGAUACACAACGACCAAAAUGGUGGUAUUCCCCUGGGAAGGAGGUAGGUCGGUCACAAAAUCCACCGAGAGGUGGGACCAUGGUCGUUGUGGAACGGGCAGGGGAUGUAACUUACCCCUGGGCAAAUGUCUAGGCGCCUUACACUGGGCGCACACCGAGCAGGAGGAGACAUAAACCCUCACAUCCUUAGCUAACGUUGGCCACCAGUAUUUCACGCUAAGGCAGUGCACUGUCCGGCCAAUACCUGGAUGUCCAGAGGAGGGUGAUGUAUGAGCCCAAUAAAUAAGACGAUCACGAACCUCGAGCGGAACGUACUUCCGCCCCACAGGACACUCGGGGGGAGUAGGGUCGGCACGCAGUGCCCGCUCGAUUUCCGUAUCGACCUCCCAUACCACCGGAGCCACCAGACAAGACUCCGGCAGUAUGGAAGUGGGCUCAAUGGACCUCUCCUCUGUGUCAUACCGCCGGGACAGGGCGUCUGCCUUACCGUUCUGGGACCCUGGGAUGUAUGUGAUCUUAAAAACAAACCGGGUCAGGAACAUGUUCCACCUAGCCUGACGAGGGUUCAAUCUCCUAGCUGCCCGGAUGUACUCCAGGUUACGGUGAUCGGUCAGAAUGAGGAAAGGGUGUUGAGCCCCCUCAAGCCAAUGCCUCCACACCUUUAGGGCCUGGACUACAGCUAACAGCUCCCUGUCCCCAACGUCAUAAUUGCGCUCCGCCGAGCUGAGUUUCUUAGAGUAGAACGCACAGGGGCGGAGCUUAGGUGGCGUGCCGGACCGUUGUGACAGGACUGCCCCAAUACCGGUCUCGGACGCGUCUACCUCUACUUGGAAUGGUAAAGAGGGAUCCGGAUGCGCCAGCACCGGGGCUGAGGUGAACAGGUUCUUCAGUUUGACAAAUGCCCUGUCCGCCUCAGCUGACCACUGCAGACGAACCGGACCCCCCUGUAACAGGGACGUAAUGGGCGCUGCAACCUGUCCAAAGCCCCGAAUAAACCUCCGGUAGUAAUUAGCAAAACCCAAGAACUGCUGCACCUCUUUUACAGUGGUUGGAGUUUGCCAAUUACGCACGGCCGACACACGGUCUACCUCUAUCUCCACACCAGACGCGGACAACCGAUAACCCAAAAAGGAGACGGACUCCUGGAAGAACAGGCAUUUCUCUGCCUUGACAUACAAGUCAUGCUCCAACAGUCUUCUCAACACUCGGCGCACCAGGGCUACAUGCUCGGCUCGUGUAGAAGAGUACACUAGGAUGUCGUCGAUGUACACUACCACACCCUGCCCAUGCAUGUCCCGGAAAAUCUUGUCAACAAAGGAUUGGAAAACUGAAGGAGCAUUCAUUAGCCCGUAUGGCAUGAUGAGAUACUCGUAAUGACCCGAGGUGGUGCUAAAUGCCGUUUUCCAUUCAUCCCCCUCCCUAAUGCGCACCAGAUUGUACGCGCUCCUGAGAUCCAACUUUGUGAAGAACUGCGCUCCGCGUAAUGACUCCGUCAUAGUCGCAAUCAGUGGAAGAGGGUAACUGUACUUAACCGUGAUCUGAUUGAGACUACGGUAAUCAAUACACGGGCGCAAACCCCCGUCCUUCUUCUUCACAAAGAAGAAACUCGAGGAAACCGGGGAAGUGGAGGACCGUAUGUAUCCCUGUUCCAAGGACUCGGCUAUGUAAGUCUCCAUAGCCGCUGUCUCCUCUUGAGACAGGGGAUACACACGGCUCCGCGGAAGAGCCGCUCCUGUUUGGAGAUUUAUCGCACAGUCCCCCUGUCUAUGAGGUGGUAGCCGUGUUGCCCUCGUCUUGCUGAACACGAGUGCUAAGUCCUCAUACUCAGGGGGAAUGCGCAUUGCGGGCACUUGGUUCGGACUCUCAACCGAGGUCGCCCCUAAGGAAACACCUAGACAUCUCCCUACACACUGGGCAGACCACUCCAUAAGAGCCCUCUGUUGCCACGCAAUGGUAGGAUCAUGGGUGCUUAACCAGGGAAGCCCCAACACCACGGGGUACGCAGGAGAGUCAAUCAGAUAAAACUGAAUGAUCUCCUCAUGACCCCCCUGCGUCGUCAUAGUAAGUGGUGUUGUGACUUCUCUGAUCAGCCCCGACCCCAACGGCCGGCUGUCUAAGGCGUGGACAGGAAAGGGGGCUUCUACCGGCCGAAGGGGAAUUCCAAACCUAUAACAAAAUGCCCGAUCAAUAAAAUUCCCAGCUGCGCCUGAAUCUACUAGCGCCUUAUGCUGGGAAUGAGGUGCCACCUGUGGAAAACUCACAGGAAUACUCAUGUGACCAACAGAAAGCUCUGGGUAAGUGGGGCGCCUACUCACCUGAAAUGACUCCCCAGUCCGUGACCUGUUGUCCCCUCUCCCAGGAGACCCUCCCCAGCACCUGGCCGCGGUGUGUCCUCCACGGCCACAGUUGGUGCAGGGGGUGGCCCCCCUCGGGUUCUCUCUCCUCCUCUCUCUAGCGCCAGCACCCCCGAGCUCCAUGGGAAUCGGCUCGGAGGUGCUGGAGGGUGGAAUGGUCGGCCCCCACUCGGGACGUCCGCGGGUAGCCAGCAGGGUGUCGAGACGUAUGGAGAUGUCCACCAACUGGUCGAAUGAUAGGUUGGUGUCCCUGCAGGCCAGCUCACGACGAACGUCCUCUCGUAGGCUGCACCGGUAAUGGUCGAUGAGGGCCCUCUCAUUCCACCCCGCAUCCGCCGCUAGCGUCCGGAACUCCAGUGCGAACUCCUGUGCGCUCCUCUUCCCCUGUCGGAGGUGGAACAGACGCUCCCCCCGCCGCUUUCCCUUCAGGUGGGUGAUCGAAGACAGCCCUGAAGCGGCGGGAGAACUCCGCGUAGGUGAUGGUAGCGGCGUCUAUUCCCCUCCAUUCGGCGUUGGCCCACUCCAACGCCUUGCCGGAUAGACAGGAGAUGAGGGCGGAGACGCUCUCGUAUCCCGAGGGCGCUGGGUGUAUGGUAGCCAGGUAGAGUUCCACCUGCAGGAGGAACCCCUGACACCCGGCUGCAGAACCGUCAUAUGCCCUCGGGAGCGAGAGCCGAAUGCCACUGGGUUCCGGUGCUGAGAGAGGAGGACUGGCCGUUGGUGAUGGGAUGGAGUAAGAAGGCGUAGGCACCUCUCCAGUCACCAACCGGCGCAGAGAGUUGGACACCUCGUCCAUGGCGGCCCCAAGUUGCCGGAUCAUGGUGUCUUGAUAGCUGAUCCGCUCUUCCAGCGACUUGGGUGCCGCCGCUGCUCCUGCUGACUCCAUAGUUGGUGUGUUGUUCUGUCAAAAGAACCGAUGUGGAUGUGGUGGAGGAGUCAGGCGCAGGACACAGAGGAUUCGUCCAAAAGACUUUACUAGUCCAAAGUGCAACAAUACAAUACACGACCUCGAAAACAAACGGAGGCGAGGGAAUUACGCAACAUGCGUAAAACAAUAAACAAAACUAACAGAGCGCAAACACGCAGCUCCGCACGACAGGCAAACAACAACACACAAUCUAACUAAUACAAAACAGGGAACUUAUAAGACACGUAAUCAGAACACAAACAGACACAGGUGUACAAGACAGACUAAAGCAAUCACACCACGAAACAUACAACGGUGGCAGCUGGGACGGCGAACGCCGAAGCCUGCCCGAACCAGGAGGAGGAGCAGUCUCGGCCGAAACCGUGACAGUCUGGAACUCUAUUGGAGGGAUAUGACACCAUUCUUCCUAGAGAAAUUCCAUAAUUUGGUGUUUUGUUGAUGGUGGUGGAAAACGCUGUCUCGGGAACCGCUUCAGAAUCUUCAGAAUCUGACAGAAGUGUUCAAUUUGGUCAAAGAGUUGAGCAGUCUUCGUUACUGAAGUUUCUGCCAAACGUGCCCCAACAAUCACCCCUCUUUCAAAGCCGCUGAGAUCUCUUCUUCUAGCCAUGGUAGCCAAAAUAAUGGGCAACUGAGCCUGCCUAUAAUUUUUAUAAUGGGUUGUUAAUUGCUUAAUUAACUCAGGAACCACACCUGUGUGGAAGCACCUGCUUACUGUGUAUCACUUUUUUUACUCAAGUGUUUAUUUUAUUUUGGCAAUUACCUGCACAUUCAACAACAUGAAAUAUUUCAUACUUUAAUGUCUAUAACCCCCUUGUAGCUGUAUCUAAAGCGUGUUAUUUAGCCUUGGAUGAUGGUUCUUAUCUGCGAGGGAUACUGUAACAAUGCCUUUAGAAUAUAGUUAGUUAAUUGCCUCAAUAGAACAGUUAAAACAGACAGAAAGAUAUUGAGUACUCUUUCAUGGAAACAAAUGUAUUUAGGUUGAAUGGUUGUGGGAAAUGCGCUUGUAAGCAUGCAUUCUUUGUCAAUGUCUAGGCUGUUCUGUAUCCCUGAACGUUUUUUCUGCUUUCUUUAACCACAGAGGAUUCCUUUCAUGAACAUCAGGGCUGAACGCACACACACAUGCCCACGCACGCACAUGCGCACACACACAACACACACACACACACACUCACACACAAAAACACACAGCUAUGUCUUACAAUACUUGUGAAUACUUUUUGGGGACCAACAAUUGAUUCCCAUUCAAAAUCCUAUAUUCCCUAACCCUAACCCUAACCUUCACCUUAAACCUAACUCCUAACCUUAAACCUAAGAGCUAACCCUAAUUCUAACCCUAAACCUAACCUCUAAACCUAAAAUAGCCUUUUUACAAGCGAGGACCGGCAAAAUGUCCUCACUUCUCUGAAUUUUUGUUGGUUUACUAUUCUUGUGAAGACUUCUGGUACUCAAAAGUAUAGUAAAAUGUGUACACACACACACACACACACACACACACACACACACACACACACACACACACACACACACACACACACACACACACACACACACAGCUACUCCUUCCAUUAAAUGUAGACUCCCUCAGUAAUUCCAUGGUCGUGUCCUGCUGCAGUGUAAUAUUUGGCAUCAUGCGGGCAACAUGAAUUAUGGAAGGCCCUGGGGUCCUGAGGGAGUGCCCAUACAGAUGCCUGACUAUAAUUAAGGUGUGCUUUCUCAAAAACGCCUGAGAAUAAACCACUCGCUCAGCUCCGAACAAAUACUCAAACAUCUGAAAACACUCCUUGGCGUGUGUGCAUGGAUCACGAGGUAGUGUGUGUAUUGUUGACAGAACGGGAGGUACUCUACGUUUGAGACAGUGUGCGUGACUGUGUCUGUGUAUGGCGUACGUGUGGUGUGUGUGUAAGGCCGUGUCCCUCCCUGUCCGUGUUUGGUAAGGAUACGUGCUCUUCUUGGUAAACAACAGACAAAGAGCAACUCAUCUCAUUGCUGAUCUCUAUUGGAUUGCUAACUCGGUUACACAAUCACACAGCUAUUGCCGCUAACUCAAUGAACAAAGAAAGAAGAAUCACAUUGAUGAUAUUUGGCUGUAUUCGCUUUAAUAAACAGAGGCUGGCCUUGCAGAAUGAAGCAUCUGUUGCUAUCCAGCUGAUUCAAUCACACAACAGAUAUUCUGGUUGCCCUAGAUAGUUCAAAGGAUAAUGCAAAAAGGGGAAUCCUCAACUAAAUUUUUUUUUAUUUUAGUCAUUUAGAAAACACUCUUAUCCAGAGCGACUUACAGAUAGUGAGUGCAUCAAUUUUUUUCAUACUGGCCGCCCGUGGGAAUCGAACCCACAACCCUGGCGUUGCAAGCGCCAUGCUCUACCAAAAUUAUAUAACAUUCUGUCUGAGUCUGUCUUAGACAGAUAAAAUGGUUAAACAAUCUAAUGAAAAUGUUUUGUAAUGAUUUGAUAAGGUUCUGUUUGUCUUAUUCCAUCUUUCUGUCUCUCUCUCUCUCUCUCUCUCUCUCUCUCUCUCUCCCCUCUUCCCCCCUCUCUCUCCUCUCUCUCUCUCUCUCUCUCUCUCUCUCUCUCUCUCUCUCUCUCUCUCUCUCUCUCUCUCUCUCCCUCUUCCCCCUCUCUCUAGGACCCUAAGAUCCUGUCUUCGUUCGAGGCAGUGGGGAAGAAGGAGGAGGAGUUGGAGGGGUGUGUCAUCUGCAUCUGCAGCGGCACUGACCUCGUUAACCUCUCCUUCAUGUACAUGGUGGCUGACAGUCCAGAUACUGCUAGGGUAAAUACACAACAUUAAUAUAAUGUUAUUACAGCAUUAUUACAACAUUAUUACAGCAUUAUUACAACAUUAAUACAACAUUAAUACAGCAUUACACACUGUAACUGAUCCGAUUCAACCAGGAAUGACUCAGCUAGGGUAAAUACACAACAUUAAAACCGGCACAACGUUCAUACAACAAUAUUACAACAUGAAUAUAACAUUACUCAACUCUAACAGACCUAGUCAACCACUACUUUUGCACAUGGUGGUAGUGAACCCAGACAAUGCCAGGGUAAUGCAAUCACACAGCCAGGGUAUCUCUCUGUCCCUCUCUCGCUCUCGCUCUCUCAGCUAUCCCUUACAGGAGUCAUCAGGUUAAACAUUGCCUUCUGGUGGUGACAGGGAAAACUGUGGCUAGCCAGCCAGGAAGUUUUAGACGAGUGUUAGAAGUAAUGGGUAGAUUGGAGUUCUCAAUCAACUGAGAGCAGAAGAGACCUUUAUUUUCUGAUUACUGAAGAAAUGAACAGAUGAUAUAUCAGUGAACAGAUGAUGGUGAAUUGUUUGAUGUAGAUGUUUUAGUUUGAUUAAUUAUAAGAAAUAUAAGAGACAGAGAGAGAGAGAGAGAGAGAGAGAGAGUGAGGGGGGAAAUGGUUAAUGUGGUGUUUACACUGUAGAAGACAGAAUGCGGAAUGCCACAGGAAUGACAAUAAACUACUUAGAGUUGCCAUCACCAGCUGAGCUUUAAGGUCACACACACACACACACACACACUAACACGCGCUCAUUCAUGCUACCUUGUUCUCUUGCUCUCUCAUAUACAGACACCAACACACACACACACACUAACACACCAUCUCACACACUCAGCAGGUUAGUUGCAGCACCUGAAGCGCUGACACAGUUAUUCACAUCAACACAGCCUGUGAACAACACACACACACACAGACACACACACAUAGCCCAGGAACAAACAGCACUCUGCUUCAAGUAUUAAGGGUAAUGUGUCAGGUAAAAGAGUUAGAAGCCAGACAAGAUUUUUGUUAAUCAACCCUGUUUACACACACACAGACAGGAUAGCUGUGUGCAUGCAUCUGCAUCUGCUGUUGAGUCGUUGCUACUUUGAAAUUAAACAGAGAGAGGAAAUUAAACAAACUCUGUGUGAGAGGAGAGAACACACACACAAAACACAGUGAAGCAGAUACGCUGUGAGUAAACAAACGGCCAGAGCAGGCCGUACGUGUGUGUGUGUUGCGUAAGUUCACUACAAGACCAAAAGUAUGUGGACACCUGCUCGUCGAACAUUUCAUUCCAAAAUCAUGGGUAUGAAUAUGGAGUUGGUCCCCCCUUUGCUGCUAUAACAGCCUCCACUCUUCUGGGAAGGCUUUUCACUAGAUGUUGGAACAUUGCUGCGGGGACUUGCCACAUUCAGCCACAAGAGCAUUAGUGAGGUUGGGCACUGAUGUUGGGCGAUAAGGCCUGGCUCGCAGUCGGCGUUCCAAUUCAUCCUAAAUGUGUUUGAUGGGGUUGAGGUCAGGGCUCUGUGCAGGCCAGUCAAGUUCUUCCAAAACCGAUUUCGACAAACCAUUUUUGUAUGGACCACGCUUUGUGCACGGGGGCAUUGUCAUGCUGAAACAGGAAAAACCCUUCCCCAAACUGUUGCCACAAAGUUGGAAGCACAGAAUCGUCUAGAAUGUCAUUGUAUGCUGUAGCGUUAAGAUUUCCCUUCACUGGAACUAAGGGGGCUAGCCCGAACCAUGAAAAACAGCCCCAGACCAUUAUUCCUCCACCAAACUUUACAGUUGGCACUAUGCAUUGGGGCAGGUAGCGUUCUCCUGGCAACCCAGAUUCAUCCGUCGGACUGCCACAUGGUGAAGGGGGAUUCAUCACGCCAGAGAACCCGUUUCCACUGCUCCAGAGUCCAAUGGCGGCGAGCUUUACACCACUCCAGCCAACGCUUGGCAUUGUGCAUAGUGAUCUUAGGCGUGUGUGUGGCUGCUCGGCCAUGGAAACCCAUUUCAUGAAGCUCCCGACGAACAGUUCUUGUGCUGAUGUUGCUUCCAGAGGCAGUUUGGAACUCGGUAGUGAGUGUUGCAAACGAGGACAGACGAUUUUUACGUGCUACACGCUUCAGCACUCAGCGGUCUCGUUCUGUGAGCUUGUGUGGCCUACCACUUCGCGGCUGAGCCGUUGUUGCUCCUAGACAUUUCCACUUCACAAUAACAGCACUUACAGUUGACCGGGGCAGCUCUAGCAGGGCAGAAAUAUGAAGAACUGACUUGUUGGAAAGGUGGCAUCCUAUGACUGUGCCACGUUGAAAGUCACUGAGCUCUUCAGUAAGGCCAUUCUACUGCCAAUGUUUGUCUAUGGAGAUUUUAUACACCUGUCAGCAACGGGUGUGGCUGAAAUAGCCGAAUCCACUAAUUUUAAGGGGUGUCCACAUAGUUUUGUAUAUAUAGUGUAUGUGUGUGUGAACACUUGUGUUUGUUUGUUUGUUUCUUUCUUUGUUUGCAGAAGUGGACGGAGGGUUUGAGGUCAGUGAUCCACAAUUUCAGAGCCAAUAACGUCUGUCCUAUGACCUGCCUCAAGAAACAGUGAGUAGACACCCAUUCAAAAGCCUAUUUUCCUUAGCCCCUAAACCUAACUCUAACCCUUAACCCCUAACGCUAACUCCUAAACCUAACCCCUAACCCUAAUUGUAACCCUAAACCUAACCCCUAAGCCUAAAAUUGCCUUUUUCCUUGUAGGGACCGGCUAAAUGUCCCCACUUGUCCGAAUUGUCCUUGUUUUACUAUACUUCUGGUCCUCACAAGGACAGUAAAAUCAAAAAUACACACACACACACACUCACACUCACACACACACUCACACCUCAAUAUGUGUUGUCUCUCCUCUUUUUUAGUUGGAUGAGGAUGUGCUUUUUGACCAACGUGAACGGCAAAAUCCCAGUGAGAACGUAAGAGAGACUUCAGUUAGUGAUAACAUUUAUCAGUCAUUUGAGUUAAUCCAAUGGACGUUGCGAUGACAGCUGACUCUCCUCUCUGUUUCAGCAUCACACGGACAUUUGCAUCUGGGAAAACCGAGAAAGGAAUCUUUCAGGCUCUGAAGGAACUGGGACUGCCUAGUGGAAAGGUGUGUGUGUGUGUGUGUGUGUGUGUGUUCAUGACAUGUGUUUGUCUGAUGUUGUGCAUGGUCCCUUAUUGUAAUUCUGCCGUCGGAGCUACCUUCUAUCUUCCGAAUGAUGACCGUAGUGUACACUGUAUAGUACUAUAUUCUUCCCUUGUUUAGAACCUUUCAUGUAUCACCAAGUUCUGGCCCGGGUUUUGAUCUUCCUUCUUCGGAAAGAUAUCAGUUUUCCCCCUGUGAAUGGUCUGUCCCUCCGACAAAGCCACUGUCCUUUUUCGGUGUUCCCAAUGUUCCGUUUUAGACCACUUUUGUUUCCCUAUAUAUUUUACCUCUUGGGGAUGUUAUUCGAAAACAUAAUGUUAACUUUCACUGCUAUGCGGAUACACACAAACUGUACAUUUCAAUAAACAUGGUGAAGCCCCAAAAUUGCCCUCGCUAGAAGCCUGUGUUUCAGACAUAAGGAAGUGGAUGGCUGAAAACUUUUUAAAUUUUAAACUCGGACAAAACAGAGAUCUUGUUCUAGGUCCCAAGAAACAAAGAGAUCUUCUGUUAAAUCUGACAAUUCAUCUUGAUGGUUGUAAAGUCGUCUCAAUAAAACUGUGAAGGACCUUCGGCGUUACUCUUGACCCUGAUCUCUCUUUUGACGAACAUAUCAAGACUGUUUCAAGGACAGCUUUUUUCCAUCUACGUAACAUUGCAAAAAUCAGAAAUUUUCUGUCCAAAAAUGAUGCAGAAAAAUUAAUCCAUGCAUUUGUUACUUCUAGGUUAGACUACUGCAAUGCUCUAUUUUCCGGCUACCCGGAUAAAGCACUAAAUAAACUUCAGUUAGUGCUAAAUACGGCUGCUAGAAUCCUGACUAGAACCAAGAAAUUUGAUCAUAUUACUCCAGUGCUAGCUUCCCUACACUGGCUUCCUGUUAAGGCAAGGGCUGAUUUCAAGGUUUUACUGUUAACCUAUAAAGCGUUACAUGGGCUUGCUCCUACCUAUCUUUCCGAGUUGGUCCUGCCGUACAUACCAAUACGUACGCUACGGUCACAAGACGCAGGCCUCCUAAUUGUCCCUAGAAUUUCUAAGCAAACAGCGGGAGGCAGGGCUUUCUCCUAUAGAUCUCCAUUUUUAUGGAACAGUCUGCCUACCCAUGUGAGAGACGCAGACUCGGUCUCAACCUUUAAGUCUUUACUGAAGACUUAUCUCUUCAGUAGGUCAUAUGAUUGAGUGUAGUCUGGCCCAGGAGUGUGAAGGUGAACGGAAAGGCUCUGGAGCAACAAACAGCCCUUGCUGUCUCUGCCAGGCCGGUUCCCCUCUCCACUGGGGUUCUCUGCCUCUAACCCUGUUGCAGGGGCUGAGUCACUGGCUUGCUGGUGCUCUUUCAUGCCGUCCCUGGGAGGGGUGCGUCACUUGAGUGGGUUGAGUUACUGACGUGAUCUUCCUGUCUGGGUUGGCGCCCCCCCCUUGGUUUGUGCUGUGGUGGAGACCUCUGUGGGCUAUACUCGGCCUUGUCUCAGGAUUGUAAGUUGGUGGUUGAGGAUAUCCCUCUAGUGGUGCGGGGGCUGUGCUUUGGCAGAGUGGGUGGGGUUAUAUCCUUCCUGUUUGGCCCUGUCCGGGGGUUUCUUCGGAUGGGGCCACAGUGUCUCCGGACCGCUCCUGUCUCAGCCUCCAGUAUUUAUGCUGCAGUAGUUUAUGUGUCGGGGGGCUGGGGUUAGUUGGUUAUACCUGGAGUACUUCUCCUGUCUUAUCCAGUGUCCUGUGUGAAUUUAAGUAUGCUCUCUCUAAUUCUCUCGUUCUCUCUUUCUCUCUGAGAACCUGAGCCCUAGGACCAUACGUCAGGACUACCGGGCAUGAUGACACCUUGCUGUCCCCAGUCCGCCUGGCCUUGCUGCUAUUCCAGUUUCAACUGUUCUGCCUGCGGUUACGAAACCCCUACCUGUCCCAGACCUGCUGUUUUCAACUCUUAAUGAUCGGCUAUGAAAAGCCAACUGAGAGACCUGAGCCCUAGGACCAUACGUCGGGACUACCGGCCGUGGUGACUCCUUGCUGUCCCCAGUCCGCCUGGCCUUGCUGCUAUUCCAGUUUCAACUGUUCUGCCUGCGGUUAUGGAACCCCUACCUGUCCCAGACCUGCUGUUUUCAACUCUUAAUGAUCGGCUAUGAAAAGCCAACUGAGAUUUAUUCCUGAUUAUUAUUUGACCAUGCUUGUCACUUAUGAACAUUUUUGAACAUCUUGGCAUGGUUCUGUUAUAAUCUUCACCCGGCACAGCCAGAAGAGGACUGGCCACCCCUCAUAGCCUGGUUCCUCUCUAGGUUUCUUCCUAGGUUUUCGCCUUUCUAGGGAGUUUUUCCUAGCCACCGUGCUUCUACACCUGCAUUACUAGCUGUUUGGGGUUUUAGGCUGGGUUUCUGUACAGCACUUCGAGAUAUUAGCUGAUGUAAGAAGGGCUAUAUAAAAUAAAAUUGAUUGAUUGAUUGAUUGUUCUUUCCCUCAGAACGAUGAGAUAGAACAUUCAGCGUUCCCCUUCGACAUCUUCUAUGCCCUGACUCAGAAGAUCUGCCCUCGUACUGACAUCGAGGAACUCUUCAAGAAAAUGUGAGUGGUCACUAACUCUACUCCCCAGAUCUCUUCUGCUGUACUCUCCCCUCAAUGUCUACCCUGUUCUACUCUAGCCUAGAAAGCUGGCUGCACCCUAUAUGCUAGUCACAUUUGAGUGUGCAGUAAGUGUAGGUCUGAAAUUACACAACCAGUGAGCAAAACUGGUUGAGAAGACAUCUUGUCAACAUCAAAACUGGUUGAAAUUAUGUAUUUUCAACCAGUUUUGCUCACUGGUCAGGCGUUUACAGUACAACAUCUAUAUAGCAUUUUAUUGCUAUGUAUUUGGUCUCAACAGCAUGGUCUCAACAGUGAUUCUUAUAGUGGAGAGGUAUUUAGUAACAGUUUGUGUUGAUAACUGUAGUGUAUACACUGUUUAUGUGAAUGACAGGUGUGAGAGAGAGAGAGAGAGAGAGAGAGAGACAGAGAGAGAGAGAGAGAGAGAGAGAGAGAGAGAGAGAGAAAUAAAGAAAUAGAGAGAUAGAGAGAGAGAGAAAGAAAGAGAGAGAUAGAGAGAGAGAGUGUUGUUCUACAGUGCAUUUGGAAAGUAGUCCCUUUUUCAACAUUUUGGAUGGAUAUAUAUAUUUUUUAAUCCUCAUCAAUCUACACACAAUACCCCAUAAUGACAAAGCGAAAACAGGUUUUUAGAAAUUUUCGAAAAUGUAUAUAAAAAAUAAAUAAAGGAAAUACCUUAUUUACAUAAGUAUUCAGACCCUUUGCUAUGAGACUCAAAAUUAAGCUCAGGUGCAUCCUGUUUCCAUUGAUCAUCCUUGAGAUGUUUCUAGAACUUGAUUGGAGUCCACCUGUGGAUAAUUCAAUUGAUUGGACAUGAUUUGGAAAGGCACACACCUGUCAAUAUAAGGUCCCACAGUUGACAGCGCAUGUCAGAGCAAAAACCAAGCCAUGAGGUCGAAGGAAUUGUCCGUAGAGCUCCGAGACAGGAUUGUGUCGAGGCACAGAUCUGGGGAAGGGUACCAAAACAUUUCUGCAGCAUUGAAUGUCCCCAAGAACACAGUGGCCUCCAUCAUUCUUAAAUGUAAGAAGUUUGGAACCACCAAGACUCUUCCUAGAGCUGGCUGCCCGGCCAAACUGAGCAGUCGGGGGAGAAGGGCUUUGGUCAGGGAGGUGACCUAGAACCCGAUGGCCACUCUGACAGAGCUCCAGAGUUCCUCUGUGGAGAUGGGAGAACCUUCCAGAAGGACAACCAAUCAGGCCUUUAUGGUAGAGUGGCCAGACGGAAGCCACUCCUCAGUAAAAGGCACAUGACAGCCCGCUUGGAGUUUGCCAAAAGGCACCUAAAGACUCUCAGACCAUGAGAAACAAGAUUCUCUGGUCUGACGAAACCAAGAUUGAACUCUUUGGCCUGAAUGCCAAGCGUCACGGAAACCUGGCACCAUCCCUACGGUGAAGCAUGGUGGUGGCAGCAUCAUGCUGUGAGGAUGUUUUUCAGCGGCAGGGACUGGGAGACUAGUCAGGAUCGAUGGAAAGAUGAACGGAGCAAAGUACAGAGAGAUCCUUGAUGAAAACCUGCUCUAGAGCGCUCAGGACCUCAGACUGGGGCGAAGGUUCACCUUCCAACAGGACAACGACCCUAAGCACACAGCCAAGACAACGCAGGAGUGGCUUCGAGACAAGUCUCUGAAUGUCCUUGAGUGGCCCAGCCAGAGCCUGGACUUGAACCCAAUCGAACAUCUCUGGAGAGACCUGAAAAUAACUGUGCAGCGACACACCCCAUCCAACCUGACAUAGCUUGAGAGGAUCUGCAGAGAAGAAUGGGAGAAACUCCCCAAAUACAGGGUGUGUCAAGCUUGUAGCGUCAUACCCAAGAAGACUCAAGGCUGUAAUCGCUGCCAAAGGUGCUUCAACAAAGUACUGAGUAAAGGGUCUGAAUGUGAUAUUUCCGUUUUUUUUUAAUUAUACAUUUGCAAACAUUUCUAAAAAACUGUUUUUGCUUUGUCAUUAUGGGGUAUUGUGUGUAGAUUGAUGAGGAUUAUAUAUUUUUUAAAUCCAUUUUAGAAUAAGGCUGUAACGUAACAAAAUGUGGAAAAAGUCAAGGGGUCUGAAUACUUUCCGAAUGCACUGUAUGUUGGUGUUUGGUUGCGAGAUCAAAUGUAUUAGACAGUCUGCAGCUGCUCUACUAAUAACCCCUGGACAACCUAAUCUGCCUAAUCAGUGACACAUUAACACGUUUGUUUUAAACUAACUCAACGGUUUGUGAAUGUUCGACCAGUGGUGAUGUUAACAUGUUCUAGAAAUCUUAUUAUGAAAGUGUAACAUGACAGUGCUCUAUUUUUACUCUUUAAAAAACCCUUCUGCUUUCUAGUUACUGACUGACUGACUGAGAGGGUUUUUAAGAAACCUAACAUUUUGUCUUUCUAAUUAAUUCCUUUGCAGCAAUGGGGACAAAAGUGAUUUUUUAAACGUAGACCAGUUAGUCAGCUUUCUGAAUGAAGUAAGCUCUUUAUCAUUCAUUAACUUCACUGUGUGAGUGCUUGACCCCUCCCCUCUCACCUGGCAUAGGAUAGAAGUUGCCCUUAGGCACAGUUCUAGGAUCAGUUAACAAUUGGGGGGUACAAUGCAAAACUGACCUUAAAUCAUUGUCUAGGGAUAACUUCAUCCUGCCCCUCUAAACUGCACGCCCCCUUCCCCAACCUAUUUCUCCCCAGCCCUGCAUACUUGUGACUGAUUGUGUAACCCUGGCAACCUGGGGAGGGAGGGGCUCCCUGUUCGGCCAUCUUGCCUGGUCCUUGCUGCCUGUCUGCUAGUUGUCUCUGCUUUGCCUGAAAACGUACCUGCUUCUACUUCUUUCUUCUGUACGUGUGCCUGCUUCUCUUUCUCUGUGUGCAAUGCUGAAGUGAAUCCCCAGUAGUACAAAGACUCUGAAAAAUGUGUUCCCUCCUGCUUUAGUGGCCAGUGGUGUUGUCAUGAUCCCUGCUGGUGUGUGAAUCUCUCCCCUCUCUUCUUGUAAGACCACACACUCCCUACCUUUGGCUACACACACACCUCUUCUCCCCACCUCAUUGCAGUAGCUCUGUACCAGUAACUGUGGCUUUUUGUUUUUUCAUUUGAACACCCACAAAUGAAAGAUGUGUUUGUAGUAGAUAGUACUAUAUCCAUUGUCACUGUGUCAGUGUAAGGUGUCUACCCUCUUUUGUUUGUAAGUAUCAGCUGUGUGUGUGUUUUAAUUGUUGUCUCUUGUCAUAAUGGUCCCGAUCCUAAUCUGAGAAAUGUAACAGAGGUGGUUCGGUGAGCAACACUCACAUGAUGAGUAGCUUAACCCUUGUGUAUGACCUGAAAACUGGCGUUAGCUCCACUAAUGCCUAAAUUAGUACAGCGGGCUAAAAUAGCCUUGUGGCACGCAGAAGACACCGGGUUCAAACUCAUUUGGUCACGUGACUUGUGCACAUACAUUUUCUCGAAUGUAGCCUAAAACAAUAAACAUGUUACUUGGAAGUUUAGCAGAAAUCAGACAUUAGUGUCCAUGGGAGAUUUGGCAGAAGUUUGAGUUACAUGCACAUUUCUCAAGUUAGGAAUGGGUCCAAUGUUCUUAGUGUGCAAUGACGUGUGUGUGUGUGUGUGUGCUUGUGAGUGAGACGGUGUUGUGUAUCAUUACGUUCUCCAGAACCAGCGCGACCCGCGGCUAAACGAGAUCCUGUUCCCCUUCUACGAACCUAAACGAGCCAUGCAGAUCAUCGAGAAGUACGAGAGAGACCCCGACCUUAAGAAGAAAGGUGAGAGAAUGGGAUGGAUGGAUGGGGGGAGAGAGAGAGAGAGAGAGAGCGAGAGAGGAGCACUGCUGCCCUCUUCUGGUGAAUAACAAAAUAGCACCACCACCCUCAAACUAAUGUACAUUUUAGUCAUUUAGCAGACGCUCUCAUCCAGAGCGACAUACAGUUAGUGAGUGCAUAAAUUUUUCAUACUGGCCCCCGUGGGAAUCGAACCCACAACCCUGGCCUUGCAAGCACCAUGCUCUACCAACCGAGCUACAGUGUACCCACAUGUGUGAGCGUUGAGGAAAAGCUAAGUCAAAGAGUGUAUGUUAAACACACACUCUUAGACACCCUCUUACUCCCUCCUCCCCCUCUCCUCCUCCUCCUCCUCCUCCUCCUCCUCCUCCUCCUCUCCCACAGGCCGUAUGUCCAGUGAUGGCUUCUGCAGGUACCUGAUGUCAGAUGAGAAUGCCCCGGUGUUCCUGGACUGCCUGGAGCUCUACCAGGACAUGGAGCAGCCGCUGGCCCACUACUUCAUCGCCUCCUCCCACAACACCUACCUGAACGGGAGGCAGUUCGGAGGGAAGUCCUCCGUGGAGAUGUACAGACAGGUGCUGCUCUCCGGCUGCAGGUAGGGGGGUGGAGAGGGGGGGGGGUGUGUGUGUGGAUGGGGGUGGUGGUUUACAGACGUAUGUUUUAUAUAUAGUUUGUAAACUGUUUUGUAUGUGUAUGAUCUCAGGUGUGUAGAGCUGGACUGCUGGGAUGGUAAAGGAGAAGACCAGGAGCCUAUUAUCACUCACGGGAAGGCCAUGUGUACUGACAUCCUCUUCAAGGUACAUACACAGUCUCAUGCACGCACACAUACAUACACAUACAUACACCGACACACACACACACACACACACACACACACACACACACACACACACACUCACUCACUCACUCACUCACUCACUCACUCACUCACUCACUCACUCACUCACUCAAAGAAUGAAGACGAUAUGUCAGAAUGUUGUAUUCAUUACGUAUGGCAAGUCUGCCCUCUUGUGUUGAUAGAUUGAUACUGCAUCUGAUUGCGACCUGCAGCUCCAUUUGAAGUUACACUGUAGUUAUUGAUCAGAUACUCAUAUCCAGAGAGACUUAAGGAAAAUGAUAAAUAAUGGAUCCAGUGUGAUUUCAACAUCAAUCCCCAUGUUGCUGUUUCCCCCCUCAAACAGGACGUGAUCUCAGCCAUCAGGGAAACAGCCUUUGUGACGUCUGAGUAUCCUGUGAUCCUGUCAUUUGAAAACCACUGCAGGUAGGAUUUCACAAUGAUCCAGAAUAUUUUUGACCAUUUUAUACAUAACAAUGUUAUUAUUUAAUCCUGUACAUCUGAUCGAAAUGACAUGUAACUAUUAUUGCAUUUGAUUUAAUGACAAAAGAAGAGGUAAAAAUGGGAACUAACGCUCGCACUAGUCUUUUCAUACUAGCACUGACUUUGCUAAUAACUAUAGUAAGGAAAAUAUUUACUUACUAUGACUGUGGUAUGUGGUUGUCUCACCUAGCUACCUUAAGAUGAAUACACUAACUGUUAAGUCGCUCUGGAUAAGAGCGUCUGCUAAAUGACAAAAAUGUCAAUGGAAAUGUCUUGAUGCAAUGUUUGAUCAUGUGUGUUUCAGUAAACCCCAGCAGUACAAGAUGGCUCGGUAUUGUGAGGAGAUCUUUGGAGACUACCUACUGAGGCAUCCUCUCGAGGGAUACCCUGUGAGUCCACCUUCUAGCACACUAUAUAUCUAUACCUGUCUAUUUCUGUCUACAGUGUCUACAUCUGUAUCUGUACUGUGUCUGAUAGUUGAUGAUGAUUGAACACAAUAAGAUUAUGGAUGUAAUGUUUCCAAGCUACAAAAAAUGAACCAUUUACUGUAAAUGUCUUCAGUCAUUUGAUGAAAAACGUAACGUUUGUUGUUGUUGCCAGGUUGAAGCGGGCCGCCCCUUGCCUUCUCCCAACGACCUCAAACGCAAAAUCCUCAUCAAAAACAAACGCUUGAAACCAGAGGUGGAACAGAGUACGUUAACAGCGACAGUCUUGUCUUUCACACGACUGUUAACUUUACGCAAGAAUCAUUUUAUUUCCCUUAGUUUCAUACAGAUGUUGCUACUGCUGGACUUGCCUGUUCUGAGUCAUUCUGUGUGUUGUCUUUUGAUUGACACACAGUAUGUUGACUUGUGUGUUCUACAGAGCAGUUAGAGUCAUUUAAGAAGCACAUGGAGGCAGGAGAGACCAACACACCAGCCAUCUUACUGGGAGCAGAGACAGAGGAAGAUGUGGAGAACGGUGAGUGUGUGUGUGCAGAUGCGCGCGUGUUGAUGUGUGUGUACACCUGUUCUUCUUCUUGUUCUGGUGUGUAGUCACUUUGGGUGCUGAGAUAUUCAGGCACUUUGAAUCGGUUGAGUGGAGUAGGUGUGUGUCUUUGUGACCAGUGCUGUUUCUACACUCUUAGGGGGAAAAAAGAUGCUAUCUAGAAACUAAAAGUGUUCUUCGGCUGUCUCCAUAGGAGAACCCUUUGAAUAACCCUUUUUGGUUCCAGGUAGAACCCUUUUGGUUCCAGGUAGAAACCUUUUGGGUUGUAUGUAGAACCCUUUCCACAGAGGGUUUUACAUGGAACCAAAAAGGGUUGUCCUAUGGAGACAGCUGAAGAACCCUUUUUUCUAAAAGUGUAGACAUAAGCGACAUAAGCAGCCGCUUAGGAAGUAAUUCGGGGUCUCAACUUACUGUUAGUUAGGGUAGCAGAAUACACAGCGUGCAGUUUCUAAAUGUGGUAGUUUAUCAUCAGUUUUUCUCUUGUUAUGUCAGUCACUGACAGUCACUCAAUUAGCCCAUGUCAGCUAACAUUUUAUAGAUUGUUAGCAGUUUUUUGUAGUCUUGCCAGCUAUCUAAACGUUAUAGUAAUCAUGGUUGAAUUACUGACCAGGCACGCAAGGCACGUGCCCAGUGGCCCUGACCUCCAGGGUGCCGCCAUUUGAUUUUGUUAGUCACUCUCAUUCAGAAAUCAUAUGAACAUGGCAUAAGUCAUGGUAAAAUGUGUAGAAUUGCAGGAAAUUAGCUUUAAAACUGCAAAAUGUUCUCUCCAUCCCAUGGUAAAAUGUGUAGAAUUGCAGGAAAUUAGCUUUAAUAUGGCAAAGUUUUCUCCUCCACCCCAUGGCAAAAUGUGUAGAAUUGCAGGACACUUUUCACUUUUAAGCUUCACAUUUUUCUCUCCGUCACCAAGAGGGGGGCCACUAAAAUGUUUUCACCUCAAGGUGGGGGGCCCCACCAACCAAAUCCCUGUUUUGGACGGUGUAUGUGUUGGAGGGUAACCGUGUGUGUUCCUGCAUCUGUAGCUCUAGGUGAUGUGAAGGAUGUGAUUCCUGACUUGAAGACCAGUACCUCAGAGGAGCCUAGUGAAGAGAACAGCCUCAGCACCAGUGUUAGUAUCAGUGACAGUGUCAGUGUGAACAAAGACAGAGAGGAGAAGGAGAGGGACAACAGCAUCAAAAAGGUAUACAUUUUGUAAAUAGAAUUUGUGUUUUGAGCUAAGACUUAGUAACCUAUGACCCAAAAAGAGUCUCUGUGUUCUUUUGUGUGUUCAGGUGGUGACAGAGAUACAUUAUGUACAUGUCAUGUAGAUAUAGUAUAUUUGGUCUGUAGUACAGUGUCUUCAGAAAGUAUUCACACCCCUUGAUUUGACAAAGUGGGAUUAACAUAGAUUUUAUUGUAAUUUUUUGUCAACGAUCUACACAAAAUACUCUGUAAUGUCAAAGUGGAAGAAAGAUUUCAACAUUUGUAUUUAAUUAAUGGGAAAAUAAAACACUAAUAUAUUUUGAUUAGAUAAGUAUUCAACCCCCUGAGUCAAUACAUUGUCACGAUCGUUCAUUAACGAGAAGGACCAAGGCGCAGCGUGAUAUGUAUUCAUAUUUAUUUACGUACUGAACACACGACAAAACAACAAUGAAACGUGAAGUCCAAGGUAGACAAAAUAACAUACCUCACACGGAACAAGAUCCCACAACUGACUGGUGCCAAAAGGCUGCCAAAGUAUGGUCCCCAAUCAGAGACAACGAGCUACAGCUGCCUCUGAUUGGGAACCACCCUGGCCAACAUAGAUCUAAACGAUCUAGAAACUAAACAUAGAAAUAAACACAACACAAAAUAUACACACCCUGACUCAACAAAUAACCGUUCCCUGAGUCAGGGCGUGACAUACAUGUUAGAGUCACCUUUGGCAGUGAUUACAGCUGUGAGUCUUUCUGGGUUAGUCUCUAAGAGCUUUGCAAACCUAUGUUGUACAAUAUCUGCCCAUGAUUCUUUUUAAAUUCUUCAAGCUCUGUCAAGUUGGUUGUUGAUCAUUGCUAGACAGCCAUUUUCAAGUCUUGCCAUAGAUUUUCAAGCAGAUUUAUGUCAAAACUGUAACUAAGCCACUUAGGAACAUUCAAUGUUGUCUUGGUAAGUAACUCCAGUGUAUAUUUGGCCUUGCAUUGUAGGUUAUUGUCCUGCUGAAAGGUGGAUUUAUCUCCCAGUGUCUGUUGGAAAGCAGACGAAACCAGUUUUUCCUCUAGGAUUUUGCCUGUGCUUAGCUCAGUGACAAGCAUACCCAUAACAUGAUGCAGCCACCACCAUGCUUGUAUGAAGACUGGUACUCAGUGAUGUGUCGGAUUUGCCCCAAACAUAAUACUUUGUAUUCAGGACAAAAGGUUAAUUUCUUUGCAGUAUUACUUUAGUGCCUUAUUGCAAACAGGGUGCAUGUUUUGGAAUAUUUCUAUUCUGUACAGGCUUCCUUCUUUUCACUAUGUAAUUUAGGUUAGUAUUGUGGAGUAACUACAAUGUUGUUCAUCCAUCCUCAGUCUUCUCCUAUCACAGCCAUUUACAGUGGGGAGAACAAGUAUUUGAUACACUGCCAAUUUUGCAGGUUUUCCUACUUACAAAGCAUGUAGAGGUCUGUAAUUUUUAUCAUAGGUACACUUCAACUGUGAGAGACGGAAUCUAAAACAAAAAUCCAGAAAAUCACAUUGUAUGAUUUUUUAUUCAUUAAUUUGCAUUUUAUUGCAUGACAUAAGUAUUUGAUCACCUACCAACCAGUAAGAAUUCAGGCUCUCACAGACCUGUUAGUUUUUCUUUAAGAAGCCCUCCUGUUCUCCACUCAUUACCUGUAUUAACUGCACCUGUUUGAACUCGUUACCUGUAUAAAAGACACCUGUCCACACACUCAAUCAAACAGACUCCAACCUCUCCACAAUGGCCAAGACCAGAGAGCUGUGUAAGGACAUCAGGGAUAACAUUGUAGACCUGCACAAGGCUGGGAUGGGCUACAGGACAAUAGGCAAGCAGCUUGGUGAGAAGGCAACAACUGUUGGCGCAAUUAUUAGAAAAUGGAAGAAGUUCAAGAUGACGGUCAAUCACCCUCGGUCUGGGGCUCCAUGCAAGAUCUCACCUUGUGGGGCAUCAAUGAUCAUGAGGAAGGUGAGGGAUCAGUCCAGAACUACACGGCAGGACCUGGUCAAUUACCUGAAGAGAGCUGGGACCACAGUCUCAAAGAAAACCAUUAGUAACACACUACGCCGUCAUGGAUUAAAAUCCUGCAGUGCACGCAUGGUCCCCCUGCUCAAGCCAGCGCAUGUCCAGGCCCGUCUGAAGUUUGCCAAUGACCAUCUGGAUGAUCCAGAGGAGGAAUGGGAGAAGGUCAUGUGGUCUGAUGAGACAAAAAUAGAGCUUUUUGGUCUAAACUCCACUCGCCGUGUUUGGAGGAAGAAUAAGGAUGAGUACAACCCCAAGAACACCAUCCCAACCGUGAAGCAUGGAGGUGGAAACAUCAUUCUUUGGGGAUGCUUUUCUGCAAAGGGGACAGGACGACUGCACCGUAUUGAGGGGAGGAUGGAUGGGGCCAUGUAUCGCGAGAUCUUGGCCAACAACCUCCUUCCCUCAGUAAGAGCAUUGAAGAUGGGUCGUGGCUGUGUCUUCCAGCAUGACAACGACCCGAAACACACAGCCAGGGCAACUAAGGAGUGGCUCCGUAAGAAGCAUCUCAAGGUCCUGGAGUGGCCUAGCCAGUCUCCAGACCUGAACCCAAUAGAAAAUCUUUGGAGGGAGCUGAAAGUCCGUAUUGCCCAGCGACAGCCCCGAAACCUGAAGGAUCUGGAGAAGGUCUGUAUGGAGGAGUGGGCCAAAAUCCCUGCUGCAGUGUGUGCAAACCUGGUCAAGACCUACAGGAAACGUAUGAUCUCUGUAAUUGCAAACAAAGAUUUCUGUACCAGAUAUUAAGUUCUGCUUUUAUUAUGUAUCAAAUACUUAUGUCAUGCAAGAAAAUGCAAAUUAAUUAAUAAAAAAUCAUACAAUGUGAUUUUCUGGAUUUUUGUUUUAGAUUCCGUCUCUCACAGUUGAAGUGUACCUAUGAUAAAAAUUACAGACCUCUACAUGCUUUGUAAGUAGGAAAACCUGCAAAAUCGGCAGUGUAUCAAAUACUUGUUCUCCCCACUCACCCCACAUGGUGAAAUCCCUGAGCGGUUUCCUUCCUCUUCGUCAACUGAGUUAGGAAGGACACCUGUAUCUGUGUAGUGACUGGGUGUAUUAAUACACCAUCCAAAGUGUAAUUAAUAACUUCACCAUGUGUCAAGGCGUCAGUGUAAUGCGGUAGGACGAAGUCAGGCGCAGGACACAGAGCUAAUCGGAAAAAACUUACUUUACUCGUAGGUAAUAGAAAGAACAAACCUCCACGCAGGGAGGAACAAACCCGCUCACUAUGACAACCAAAACAUGAACAAACACGCACAACACACAGUGUGAUACAGAGGGUUAAAUAGGGAAGACAUAACUACAUGAUGGGAAACAGGUGUGACCAAUAAAGACAAAAGAAGUUGAACAUAGAAACAUGGAUCUGUAGUAGCUAGUACUCUGGUGACGACGAACGCCGAACCCUGCCCGAGCAAGGAGGAGGGGCAGCCUCGGCUGAAUUCGUGACACCAUGCCAAAGGGAUAUUCAAUGUGUGAUUUUUAAAAACAAUUUUACCCAUCUACCAAUAGCUGCCAUUCUUUGCGAGGCAUUGAAAAACCUCCCUGGUCUUUGUCAUUGAAUCUGUGCUUGACAUUCACUGCUCGACUGAGGGACCUUACAUAUAAUUGCAUGUGUGGGAUACAGAGAUGGGAUAGUCAUUCAAAAAUCAUAUUAAACACUAUUAUUGUGCACAGAGUUAAUCCAUGCAAUUUAGUAUCUGACUUGUUAAGCAAAUGUUUACUCCUGAACUUAUUUAGGCUUGUCUUAACAAAGGGGUUGAAUACUUAUUGACUCAAGACAUUUCAGCCUUUCAAUUGUUAUUAAUUUGUAAAAUAUUCUAAAAACGUAAUUCAACUUUGACAUUAUGGGGUAUUGUCUGUGGAUCAGUGACACAACAUCUAAAUUUAAUCACUUUUAUAUUCAGGCUGUAACGCAACAAAAUGUGGAAAAAGUCAAGGGGAUGUGAAUAUCUUCUGAAGGCACUCUAUAUUUAAGCAAUAAGGCCCGAGGGGAUGUGGUAUAUUGGCUAUACCAGUGCUGUUCAUAUGCAUGACGCAAAGUGGAGUGCCUGGAUACAGCCCUUCACCGUGGUAUAUUGGCCAUAUACCACCAACCCAGAGGUGCCUUAUUGCUAUUAUAAACAGCUUACCAACAUAAACAGAACCGUAAACAAGUAUUUAUUCAUCACCCAUGGUAAACUAUAUUGUCUGAAAUGCUAUUUCAGCCUAUCAGCAUCCAGGACCCAAACUACCCUGUUUAUAAUUGACUAUUGUUGUGUGUUCAGGUGGUGGAGGAGGAUCCAACAGAGAUGUCUGAGGCCACAGAAGCAACAGACGCCACAGACAUCUCGGAGGCUUCUGAGGAUAACAACAACAAAAAGGUAUGAGAGUCGGUUCAGCUGCUCUUUCUCUCAUUACUAACCCCUCUCUACUGUUGAGUUUGUAGCCUUUUCUCUAACCAGUAGCUCUUGUAAAGCUCUUUCUCUGAACAGGGAUUGUGUAUAUUGAUAAUGAGAGUGUAACUAACUAACUUUGUGCUUUAUAAUUACUUUACGUGCUAUUCAGACUCGAAGGCUUCUGUAUGUACAGAGUGGGGACUGGGAGAGAACAGAGAUGUGUGUGAAGUGUAAAACAUUGUGUUUUGUGCUCCUGUGUAGACUGGCGAGACUACGGAUGACGAGGAGGCUCUGAUAGCCUCGUACACGUACGUAGGAGCCACCACCAACAUCCACCCCUACCUCUCUGCAGGUAACUACGAAGCCUGUAAGUUUAGGCUCUCUGUAGACGUGCAGAUAGGUAGCUAAGUUGGUGAUGUGAACUCAGUGUUUGGCAAGUGAGGAUUGGUAAGACCUGUGAAAGGGAAAACUGAGGGAGUGCAAGAGAGUAGCGACGAACAAAUUGUGAAUAGGUGGUUAAAUACUAGAAGUGUCUUCAGAAUAUAAGAUAUCUUAAGAUCUUAUAUAAUAACUAUCUCUUAUUAUUUUAGCUUAUCUAAUUAUAUACUCAGAUUUCAAAUUAAUUAUACUUUUUACCCUAAUAUUAUAUCAAUCUAUAUUAUAUCUUAAUAUCUCUGACAAUUACUCUAUUUAUUUAAUUAUACUAAUUUAAUAAUCGAUCUUCUUUUACUUAUCUAAAUAUAUCUUAACCUAUAUAUUCUCUAUCUACUUGAUAUAUCUUCACUCUAUAGUAUCAUAUAUCUAAAUUCUAUAGAUUAUAUAAAUACUAUAUCAAUAUAUAUCUCUAAGUAGAGAGUGAGAAUCAAUAAUAGUCGCGGGAGAAUAGAGAAAGAGAGAGAUAGAGAGAGAGCGAUAAAAGCUAGAUAGACUUAGUAUAGAAGUAGAGAGGGAGAGCACGUUAGGAUACCCAGAAACGAGCUAGAGAGCGAAUCGAAGAGCAAGCGCGAGAAGAAGAGCGAAGACAGGAGAAAGCGAGCGCGAGGCGAGGACAAGAGGAGACGCUCGAUCGCGGCUUCGCGGAGCGAAGCCUCCAGCGAUCCGCGCGGCAUAGGCUAGCGCAGGCGCGCUCGCGCACGCUCUCGCUCUCUUUAUAUAGGAUAUAUAUAUUAUAUAUCUAUAUAAUAAUAUUCACUGUUCAUGGUAACUCUACUUGCUGCUCUCCCUCAGAGAGGAACAUUCCCCACAACAUGUCGUCAUUUAACGAGUCAGUGGGUUCUGGGUUAUCUGAAGACCAACGCCAUCGAGUUUGUCAAGUAUCCUUUGCUCCAGUGUCAACACUCACACAGCAUGUGAAUACACACAGACAACACAAACACAAUAAAGAAACAUUAAAAUAAACAACCCCCAAAAAAUUUAAAAUAAACAAUCCAAAAAAUACAUUUAUCCAAUAUUUCCUGACCGAUAAAGUAGUCAAGUCCAUAGUCCGUCAUGCUACUUUUUAUAAUAAUGAAUGACUGCCUUAAAAUUAACUGACUCCUUUGAUUUUCUAGACCGCAAAAAAACCAGUAUCCAUAGUGGGUCCCCUGGACCAGAUUAAAAAAAAAAUUUGUAGCAGUUGUAACAGUUUCAGGUCACCCAUAUAUGAGCCAAUGACAGGGAGGACCAGACUCUGCUGUUUCCUGUACUUAGACGUUGUUUGUUUUAAAGUCUCCAUCUGUGGAAAAACUGUUCCAGUUCCUCUGGGAGAAACCGAUGUGCCUUUGGAACGGGGAACACACACACAUUCCAGUGGGAAUGCGGGACCCAAGCUGUUACCUUCUAAAAAUAGGCCUGCGGUCUGUCGACUCGCUACACACACACACACACACACACACACACACACACACACACACACACACACACACACACACACACCACUGUUUCAACUUCCAGACCUCAGGUGCUGUACCAUGUAACCCUACAGAACACACACCAUACAUACACUCACACAACCACCCCAACUUCCACGCGCACAUACACAUGAACAAGCACACACACACACACUAUAUCUGUGUUAUGUUCUGAACAUUGGUGUCCAGCUACAACAAGCGUCAGAUGAGUCGGAUCUACCCUAAAGGAGGCAGGGUGGACUCCAGUAAUUACAUGCCUCAGAUCUUCUGGAACGCAGGCUGCCAGAUGGUCUCCCUUAACUACCAGACCCCAGGUACUGUACCGGAGCAUGUUAACCCUACCGCGCAUACCGGCUCAUACUCUAAAUACAAAUGUACGUAGAUUCACAUGCGACACACACCCCUCUCAUAACCCUAUGCUACUGUAAAUCUGAGGGAUGAGGGAUGCAACAGACAUACACACACACAAACACACCCUAGGUAGUAUUUGCUUCCUGUUCAUGGUGAGAAAUUUUACCUCCUACAACACACAUGCUCUCACAGACACUCUCUCUCUCUCUCUCACUCUCUCCCUCUCUCUCUCUCUCUCUCUCUCUCUCUCUCUCUCUCUCUCUCUCUUCCCUUAUCUCGCUCUUUCUCUCUCGCUCUCUCUCUCGCUUCCCUUAUCUCUCGCUUUCUCCCUCUCCCUUGCCCCCUCUCUCUCUACCUCUCUCUCUCUCUCUCUCUCUCUCUCUCUCUCUGUCUCUCUCUCUCGCUUCCCUUAUCUCUCUCUUUCUCCCUCUCUCUUGCCCACUCUCUCUCUACCUCUCUCUCUCUCCCUCUCUCUCUCUUUCUCUCUUGCCCCCUCUCUCUCUCUUGCUCUCUCAAUUCAAUUCAAUUCAAUAGACUUUAUUGACAUGGCAAGUUAAAUUACUUACAUUGUCAAAGUAUACAUAUAGCAAAAAUGGUGGGACCAACAGCAAUAAUAAUAGAAGUAGUGGAAAUGGGAUUACCAUUAACAGCAACUACAACAACAAUAUUAAUGAGAAUAACAAUACAUUAAAGCAAUAGUAGUCGACCAGUCUCAACAUGACUGAGAGGACACAUGACAUGGUAUGAAAGCCAAAACAAAACAAUAAAUAUUAUUGAUAUUACAUUACACUUUUCACUGGCUGUCCCUCAGGUUGUGGCAGGAGGACCAAUAAAUAUUAGAUUUUUUCUUCCUCUUUUAUAGUUUCAAAUUCUUUGUACUGAAUGAUAAUUUUGGGAAAGAAAGAUUCUCUUAGGUCUGAGUAUUUGUCACAGUGUAAUAGGAAAUGCAGCUCUGUUUCUACCUCUCCCCGGGGGCAGAGUGAGCACAGCCUGUCCUCUCUGGGCAGCCAGAUUUGCCUGUGACGACCGGUCUCUAUAGCCAGACUGUGCUCACUGAGUCUGUACCUAGUCAUUGUUUUCCUCAGUUUUCUAUCAGUCACGGGGGCUAUAUAGUCUGCCACCAUGUACUGUCUGUUUAGAGCCAAAUAGCAUUGAAGUUUACUUUGAUUUUUUUUGGUAUCUUUCCAAUAGGUGAUAUAUUUUUAUUUUUGCUUUGUGAUGAUUUGGUUGGGCCAGAUUUUCUGAGUGCUGUCUUGAGGCUCUAUGAGGUUGGUUUUGGUUAGUGAACUGAGCCUCAGAACCAGCUGGCUGAGGGGACUAUUCUCUUGUUUCAUCUCUUGACAUUGUAGAGCUGUGUGAUAGAAUGUUUUGGGGUCACUUGUUUUUAGAUGGUUGUAAAAUUUGAUGGCACUUUUUUCUAUUCAAAUAAGGAGGGGGUAUUGGCCCAAUUCUGCUCUACAUGCGUUAUUUGGAGUUUUUCUUUGCACUUGCAAUACAGUCUUGCAAAACUCUGCAUGCAGUAUUUCGAUUGGAUGUUUGUCCCAUUUGGUAAAUUCAGUAUUAGAGAGCGGACCCCAAACUUCGCUGCCAUAUAGAGCAAUUGGUUCUAUAACUGAUUGGAACAUUUUGAGCCAGAUUCUAAUUGGAAUUUCGAUUUUAAUAUUCCUUUUAAUGGCAUAGAAUGCUCUUCUUGCUUUGUCUCUCAGCUCAUUCACAGCCAUGUGAAAGCUACCUGUGUUGCUGAUAUUUAGUCCUAGAUACGUGUCAUUUUUGGUGUGUUCUAAUAGAACUGUGUCCAAAUAUAAUUUAUAUUUGUCAUCCUGAUUUCCUGACCUUUUUUGGAAUAUCAUUAUAUUCGUUUUUUUUAGAUUAACGGUCAGGGCCCAGGUCUGGCAGAACCUGUGCAGAUUAUCUAGAUGCUGCUGUAACCCCCCCCCCUCUCUCUCUCUCUCUCUCUUUCUGUCUUUCCCUCUCUCACACACACACACACGCACACACACAUUCAACCCUGUAGUUAGCAGAUGCUGCCCCAUGUCUGAGGGCAAUGGGGUUGGAACAUAUGGCCCCCUGUGAGUGGGCAUGUGUAGGGCUGGAGGGGGGUGAGUGCCAGGGGGUGAGAGAGAGGGAGGAGAGGAGAGGAUGAAGAGAUGUCAGUGAGGUGGAAAAACCCCAUUCUCUCGUCUCUCUCCCUCUGGAAUUUGCAACAGCAGCAUUGCAGAUUAUGACUUUUAGUGGUUGAAGAAAUCAACAUGUCACAAAUGAAUUGAAUCAAGCUGAAAAAUGUCAUCUGUGUUGGCAUAAUGUGUGUGUACACUUCAAGAAGAGUAUGUGUGUCUGCAUGUGACUGUGUGUGUCUGUGAUUUCCAUUGUAAUAGCACCUAAACUGACUCUCCUGUCUUAGAUCUGGCCAUGCAGUUGAACCAGGGAAAGUAUGAGUACAAUGGAUCCUGUGGGUAGGUGUUACUGCUGUCCCUCCCUCCCUCCCUCCUUUCUCUUUAUCCUCUCUCCAUCCCUCCUAGUCCUUCCAUCCCUUUCUCUCCACCCUCCUCUCUGAAAGCUCAUCAAUUAAAGCGUGUCACAUCUCAUUAGUGGUUGCCGGCGGCGAUCGUAACUACCGUCCUCCUCAGAGCCAAUCGGAUCGCAGGAGACGGCGCUCCUCUCGCUCUGCCACUAUCUCACUGAUGGGGCUCCCCGCUUUCCUCCUCUUAUCCUUUCUAUCGCUCUCUCCCUCACUCUCCCUCUCUCUCCCUCUUUCUCUCCUCUCUCUCUACCUCUGUCCUGGGGCUAGGCUUUCACCCCUCAUGUCAGAUAUUUCAUAUGGGAGGAGAUCAGUAAUGACAGAAACACCCCUAUCUCCUAAUGUGCUUUUAAUGUGACUCUCACCCUUAACUAAUGUCACACACACACACACACACACACACACACACACACACACUCACUCACUCACACACCCCUAUCUCUUAAUGCGCUUCUAAUGCGUCUCUCCUCCUUAACUAUUGUCAGAUUCAUUUAUACGCACACUAUACAUGGAAUAUUUGCCCUUCUCACUCUCUCAAACACACACACAUACACACACACACAGUCUCUCCUAAUGCGUCUCCCAUCCUAACUCAACUCCCACGCACACAGGGUAGGAUCACAAUCAUGCUAGUCAUCAUUAGGAUUCAGGCUUACUCACUGUAACAGUGUGAGCAGUAAUACAAAUGAUAUCGCACUAAUGAUCAUUAUGUACUCAUUGGUACAACCACCAAUCCAUUCAUCUACAACACGAUUUAGACUUAGCUGUUGAAAAGAUCUGAAAACACUGUACAACACAUUUCUAAACACUAUACUAGCACGUUGCAGAAAGUGUUUAAACAUAGAGUUAGAGUUUGUGUUUUGACCCUGCUCUGCCACCGUUCCUCCGCUCUCUUCCACCAGGUAUCUGUUGAAGCCAGACUUCAUGCGUCGCUCAGACAGGAUGUUUGACCCCUUCUCAGAGACACCUGUGGAUGGGGUCAUUGCUGCUACCUGCAGUGUACAGGUAUGAGGUUAGGGGUUCAACGUUCACAGGACAGAGAGGGAGAUGGAGGUACAGUGCCUUGCAAAAGUAUUCAUCCCCCUUGGCGUUUUUCAUAUUUUGUUGCAUUACAACCUAUUAUUUAAAUUGAUUUUUAUUUGGAUUUCAUCUAAUGGACAUACACAAAAUAGUCCAAAUUGGUGAAGUGAAAUAAAAAAAUAUAUAUAUCGGAAAAGUGGUACGUGCAUAUGUAUUCACCCCCUUUGCUAUGAAGCCCCUAAAUAAGAUCUGGUGCAACCAAUUACCUUCAGAAGUCACAUAAUUAGUUAAGUAAAGUCCACCUGUGUGCAAUCUAAGUGUCACAUGAUCUCAGUAUAUAUACACCUGUUCUGAAAGGCCCCAGAGUCUGCAACACCACUAAGUAAGGGGCACCACCAAGCAAGCGGCACUCUGAAGACCAAGGAGCUCUCCAAACAGGUCAGGGACAAAGUUGUGGAGAAGUACAGAUCAGGGUUGGGUUAUAAAAAAUAUCAGAAACUUUGAACAUCCCACGGAGCACCAUUAAAUCCAUUAUUAAAAAAUGGAAAGAAUAUGGCACCACAACAAACCUGCCAAGAGAGGGCCGCCCACCAAAAAGGCAAGGAGGGCAUUAAUCAGAGAGGCAACAAAGAGACCAAAGAUAACCCUGGAGGAGCUGCAAAGCUCCACAGCGGAGAUUGGAGUAUCUGUCCAUAGGACCACUUUAAGCCGUACACUCCACAGAGCUAGGCUUUAUGGAAGAGUGGCCAGAAAAAAGCUAUUGCUUAAAGAAGAAAAUAAGCAAAAACUUUUGGUGUUCGUGAAAAGGCAUGUGGGAGACUCCCCAAACAUAUGGAAGAAGGUACUCUGGUCAGAUGAAACUAAAAUUGAGCUUUUUGGCCAUCAAGGAAAACGCUAUGUCUGGCGCAAACCUAAAACACCUCUCAUCACCCCGAGAACACCAUCCCCACAGUGAAGCAUGGUGGUGGCAGCAUCAUGCAGUGGGGAUGUUUUUCAUCGGCAGGAAAUGGGAAACUGGUCAGAAUUGAAGGAAUGAUGGAUGGCGCUAAAUACAGGGAAAUUCUUGAAGGAAACCUGUUUCAGUCUUCCAGAGAUUUGAGACUGGGACGGAGGUUCACCUUCCAGCAGGACAAUGACCCUAAGCAUACUGCUAAAGCAACACUUGAGUGGUUUAAGGGGAAACAUUUAAAUGUCUUGGAAUGGCCUAGACCUCAAUCCAAUUGAGAAUCUGUGGUAUGACUUAAAGAUUGCUGUCACCAGCAGAACCCAUCCAACUUGAAGGAGCUGGAGCAGUUUUGCCAGUGGCUAGAUGUGCCAAGCUUAUAGAGACAUACCCCAAGAGACUUGCAGCUGUAAUUGCUGCAAAAGGUGUCUUUACAAAGUAUUGACUUUGGGGGGGUGAAUAGUUAUGCACGCUCAAGUUUUCUGUUUUUUGUCUUAUUUCUUCUUUGAUUCACAAGAAAAAAAUAUUUUGCAUCUUCAAAGUGGUAGGCAUGUUGUGUAAAUGAAAUGAUACAAACCCCCCAAAAAUUCAUUUUAAUUCCAGGUUGUAAGGCAACAAAAUAGGAAAAAUGCCAAGGGGGGUGAAUACUUUCGCAAGCCACUGUAGUUGCCGUUUAAUGUAGUUUAUCUGCACAUAAUCACUAUAUAAAGAAGAAACGAAGAGAGAAAAUAGAAUCUCGCUUGUGUGAAAACUUAAUGGGCAAAAAAGUGAAACACAUUUUUAAAGUUGUAUUUUAUUGUAUUCUAUUAUAUUGUUGUUUGACUGGUUGUGUAUGCUCCCAGGUGUUUUCUGGUCAGUUCCUGUCUGAUAAGAAGAUUGGGACCUACGUGGAGGUGGACAUGUACGGGUUGCCCACGGACACCAUCCGCAAAGAGUUCCGCACGCGUAUGGUGAUGAACAAUGGCCUGAACCCUGCCUACAACGAAGAACCUUUCGUCUUCAGGAAGGUACGGAGGAGGAGAGGAUGGAGGGAUGGGAGAGGAAAAGAGGACAGAGGGAGGGAGAAGAGAGAUGGAUGGGAGAGAGGAGGAGCGCAACGAGGCAUGGAAGAGGAGGAAAGAGGGAUUAGAGAGGAGAGAAAUGCCUGAAGAUAGAGAAGAAGAAAGGAUAGAAUAUGAAAGGAAAGCUACAGGAAAGAGGGAACAGAGAACAUGAGUUAGAAUAGAAUGGAAGAGAAAACUAGUAGUUCACACAGUGGUGCAUGGCGGUUUACUGGUAGGUACUGUAUUGGAGCUUAACACCUAAGGGAGGAGGGAGGAGACAGGGAGGGAGGGAUGGAGGGUGGGUGAGUUGUGGUUGAUCGGGGUGGAGCUGAUGUCCCUGUGGUACUCAGAGCUACUCAGUGUGUCUUUACUGCAGAGAAAGAGAGGAGAAGGGGUCGAGGGAAGAAAAGGGGGAACAGAGGCAUAGUAUGAGGGAGAGGAGGCAAGACAAAGAGAGAGAGAAAAAAGAGAGCAAAUAGAGGAAGAGAAGGUUAGGGACAUACAGCACAUUGGGCGACAGAAUGAGGAUGAACUAGAAUAGAAAACAAAAGUAGGAGGUUGAAGGAGAGAACCAGAGAGAAAGAGGGGAGAAGAUAGGGAGAGAGGGGAAAAUAAAGGGAAGAAACUAAAGGCGAACGAAAGAAUAAAGGAGAGAUGGAGUAGAAAGGUAGAACAUAAAAGGAGAGAGGGAAGGAUGUGGAGAGAAAAGGAUGGAAAGAGAAAGCGGGAUGUGAGGGGGGGAGACUGGCUGGUCGUGCGCUCGCGCGCGUGUGUGAUAGUGCUGCUCUCAGCAGAAUAAGAAGUCUCUCAGCCGUGACUGUGACUCCAGCUCCAACACACACCAUCAAUCACAGCCUGCUGCCGCAGUGCUUCUGGAGACGUACACACACACACACACACACACACACACACACACACACACACACACACACACACACACACACACACUGCCAUCAGGAAGGCCAUCUCACACAGUGCUGGCAAAAUACAUUCAGAGUUGCACGCACUUAUACACAGACGUUCACAUGUUUAGACAUGCACAUACACACAUAGACACACACACACACACACACACACACACACACACACAUACACACACACACACGUUAUACCCAUCUCCUGACUGUUCUUCUCCUUUAUCUCUCACCUUCUCUCUCCUUCCAUUAUUAAUCAUCCCUCUCUCUCUCUCCCCCUCUCUCUUCUCUUAUCUCCAAAUGCAAGGCCAUUCUACACACACACAGCUCCAUUCCCUGGAUGUGUGUGUAUGUGUGCUUGCUGAUGAGUUGAUGGUUCUGUAAUGUCCUUGUCUAUGGGCUAUUUUUCUAAACAGAUACAGUAUAAAGCCUAUAUACAGUAUGUUAUCAUCACUGCUGGGUAUAUGCUAUUAUCAUCACUGUUCUGUAUCCCACUGUGAAUGUCUCUCACACUGUGUGUGUUCGUUCAGGUGGGUUUGUGUGUGUGUGUUCCUCUUAUAUAAAGUGCUGAAUGAAAAUCCAGUCCUCAUAACAUGUUUCUGCUGUACUUACUCUAUUUGUAUUUGUACAAAUUUUUUGACCCCUUUUCCUCCCCAAUUUCGAUCUUGUCUCAUCGCUGCAACUCCCCAACGGGCUCGGGAGGCGAAGGUUGAGUCAUGCAUUCUCUGAAACAUGACCCGCCAAACCGCGCUUCUUAACACCCGCCUGCUUAACCCGGAAGCCAGCCGCACCAAUGUGUUGGAGGAAACACCGUUCACCUGAUGACCGAAGUCAGCCUGCAGGCGCCCGGCCCGCCACAAGGAGUUGCUAGAGCGCGAUGAGCCAAGUAAAGCCCCCCCGGCCAAACCCUCCCCUAACCCGGACGACGCUGGGCCAAUUGUGUGCCGCCCUAUGGGACUCCCAAUCACGGCCGGUUGUGACACAGCCUGGGAUCGAACCCAGGUCUGUAGUGACGCCUCUAGCUCUGCGAUGCAGAGGCCUUAGACCGCUGCGCCACUCAGGAGGCCUCUGACUGAUUCUAGUGAAAAAUGAAUUCAUCUGAACUCUCUCUCUGUCUCCCUUUCUCUCUCUCUCACACUAUCUCUCUAUCCCCCCUCCCUCUCUCUAUCUCUCUCUCUCCCCCCUCUCUCUAUCUCUCUCUCACCCCCCCCUAUCUCUCUCUCUUCUCCCCUCUCUCCCUCCCUCCGUCUUGCUCUCACUAUCUCUCUCUCCCUCUCUCUCUCCCCCUCCCUCUUUCCCUUCCUCCCAUCCCUCUCUCUCUCUCUCUCUCUUCCUCUCUCUCCCCCCCCCUCUCUCUCCCUCCCUCCCUCCCUCUCUCCCAGGUGAUUCUACCAGACCUGGCUGUGCUGCGUAUAGCUGUGUAUGAUGACAAUAAUAAGCUGAUAGGUCAGAGGAUCCUACCAUUGGAGGGUCUACAGGCAGGAUACAGACACAUUUCUCUACGCAAUGAAGGGAACAAGCCUCUGUCUUUACCUACUGUCUUCUGUAACAUAGUACUCAAGACCUACGUACCCGAAGGCUUCGGAGGUGAGGAGACACACACACUUACACACUGACACACACACUCCCUUGCUAAUACACAGAUAUACGUUCUGUACAGAAUUGUAGGUUAGGGGCAGCAGAGGCUGUAUGUGUGUAUGUGUGUGUGUGUGUGUGUGUGUGUGUGUGUGUGUGUGUGUGUGUGUGUGUGUGUGUGUGUGUGUGUGUGUGUGUGUGUGUGUGUGUGUGUUUGUGUGUGUGUGUGUGUGUGUGUGGGGCUUGGUUCUUCUAUCCUUGUGGGGACCUAAAAUCCCCCAAUGCCCACACAAGGAUAUUCAAAUAAGGACAAUUCUCCCUCGUGGGAACAUUUCCCACGUCCCCAUGAGGACAAAGGUUAUUUUAAGCUUAGGGGUUAGGUUUAGGGUUAGGGUUAAAAGUAGGGUUAGAAUUAGGGUAAGGGUAAGGGGUUAGUGGUUAGCUUCAGGGUUAAGAGUUAGGUUUAGGGUUAGGGUUACGGCUUAGGGUUAAGGUUAGGGUUAUGGUAAGGUUUAGUGUUAGGGGUUAGGGAAAAUAGGAUUUUGGAAGUUAAUUUAAUGAAUUGUAGGUUCCCACAAGGAUAGAAGAACAUAACGUUUGUGUGUGUGUGAGUGAACCCCAAUUGGCCUAGAUACAACACAGAUGUGUGCUAUUGAACUUUAUUGAGCUCUAUAUUAUUCAGUCAUAAACACCUGAGUAUGGAGAACCUAUUAGCCUAUACUGAAUGGGUCUCCGUGUGUGUGUGUGUGUGUGUGUGUGCUGGGAACAUGAGCUUCCAUUGUCCCUUCCUCAGCUGGUCCUUUGUCUAUCUCUUUCAUACCACACACACAAGGUCCAAUUUAUAACUGCAUUCAAUGUAUUCAUAGUAGAUACUGAAGUGGAUGCAGAAGGCUCUGGGGAGAGGGAAGGAGAUGAGAGAGGGAGGACAGGAGAGGAGAGGGGUGAAGAAGGCGAAUAGAGGAGAAAUAGAAAAGCGAGGAAGAAGAAGAAAAAGGGAGAGGAAGAGGAGGAGAGACAGAGGGAAGGACACAAACUGGGUGUCCCUCCCUCUCUCCUUCCUUCCUUCCCUCCCUCCCCUCAGGGUGUCCUGCCCUACAGUGUAUUCUACAUCAGAAGUAAUGACACAGAGCAAAUGAUGAUGGUAGCAGAGCUGGUGUAAUAGUCACUUAUAGACAGACGCGGGCAUGGAGAUACACAAGAUUGACUAGUCGUUAAGCCAAGUCCAGGGGCAUGGUCCGGGCAAUCAUUAUGAUUAUAACCCAUAAGCAGUGUUGAAAGGAUGUGUGAAUGUUACAAAUCCAAAUAGUGCGAGCGUCAUUCUCCGUCUUUUGCAGUAGGCUUUCAUAAUAUCUACUCAAAUAUAUACCUGCCCAGUUUCGUCCAAUAGAAUGAUAGAAUGUUAGACUACAGUAGAAUGUUGUCAUCUUUGCUUGUCUUUCUGGGUAUUGACUGUCUUUAGACUUUGAAUGACGACGGAACCUCAUUGGCGUUGUCAGACAUAUUCAAGAACAUCAACUUAGACAUGACAACACAUUACAUUGAAGUCUUUUCCAGUGUAGUCUAGGUCUGUGACGAUACCAGUAUCGCAAUAUUUUUUCUAAUGGCAGAAAUGAAAACACGAAGCAGACCAAACUCUUUGGUCCUUUAAAAACCUGUUGUAUGUAACAUAUUGUGUGCUAUAGCUUGGAAAAUAAAUUAAUGUGACUCUGGAUGACAACAUAAAGAUAUUAAAUCCGCUUUGUGUUUUGUUUCCUUGCCACGAUACUAACAAGUAUCGCGAUACUGGUAUCAUCCCCGGCCUAGUCCAGUGUAUUGAUGAAUCUGUCGUCUCUCUAGCCAUCGUGGAUGCCCUGUCAGACCCAAAGAAGUUCCUGUCCAUAGCAGAGAAGAGAGCGGACCAGAUGAGAGCUCUGGGGAUUGAAACGGUACCAACACCUGUUUGAUCAAUCAAUGUUGGUUUUGUUAGGCUUGCACUGUAUACUGUGCAUUCUGAAAGUAUUCAGACCCCUUGACUUUUUCCACAUUUUGUAACGUUACAGGCUUAUUCUAAAAUGGAUCAAAUAAAACAUUUUCCUCAUCAACCUACACACAAUACCCCAAAAUGACAAAGCGAAAACGUUUGCAAAUGUAUUAAAAAUAAAAUAAAAAAAUACCUUAUUUACAUAGGUAUUCAGACCCUUUGCUAUGAGACUCGAAAUUCAGCUCAGGUGCAUCCUGUUUCCAUUGAUCAUCCUUGAGAUGUUUCUACAACUUGAUUGGAGUCCACCUGUGGUAACUUCAAUUGAUUGGACAUGAUUUGGAAAGGCACACACCUGUCUAGAUAAGGUCCCACAGUUGACAGUGCAUGUCAGAGCAAGGAUUGUGUCGAGGCACAGAUCUGGGGAAGGGUACCAAAAGAUGUCUGCAGCAUUGAAUGUCCCCAAGAACACAGUGGCCUCCAUCAUUCUUAAAUGGAAGAAGUUUGGAACCACCAAGACUCUUCCUAGAGCUCGCCGCCCGGACAAACUGAGCAAUCAGGGGAGAAGGGUCUAGGUCAGGGAGGUCACUCUGACAGAGCUCCAGAGUUCCUCUGUGGAGAUGGGAGAACCUUCCAUAAGGACAACCAUCUCUGCAGCACUCCACCAAUCAGGCCUUUAUGGUAGAUUGGCGAGACGGAAGCCACUCCUCAGUAAAAUACAUAUGACAGCCCGCUGGGUGUUUGCUAAAAGGCACCUAAAGACUCUCAGACCACGACAUUUACAUUUUAGUCAUUUAGCAGACGCUCUUAUCCAGAGCGACUUACAGUUAGUGAGUGCAUACAUUUUCAUACUGGCCCCCUUGUGGGACUCGAACCCACAACUCUGGCAUUGCAAGCACCAUGCUCUACCAACUGAGCUGUGGUCUGAUGAAACCAAGAUUGAAAUCUUUGGCCUGAAUGCAAAGUGUCACGUCUGUAGGAAACCUGGCACCAUCCCUACGGUGAAGCAUGGUGGUGGCAGCAUCAUACUGUGGGGAUGUUUUUCAGUGGCAGGGACUGGGAGACUAGUCAGGAUCGAGGGAAAGAUGAACGGAGCAAAGUACAGAGAGAUCCUUGAUGAAAACCUGCUCCAGAGUGCUCAGGACCUCAGACUGGGGCAAAUGUUCACCUUCCAACAGGACAACGACCCUAAGCACACAGCCAAGACAACGCAGGAGUGGCUUCGGGACAAGUCUCUGAAUGUCCUUGAGUGGCCCAGCCAUAGCCCAGAUUGAACCCGAUCGAACACCUCUGGAGAGACCUGAAAAUAGCUGUGCAGCGACGCUCCCCAUCCAACCUGACAGAGCUUGAGAUGAUCUGCAGAGAAGAAUGUGAGAAACUCCCCAAAUACAGGGUGUGCCAAGCUUGAAGCGUCAUACCCAAGAAGACUUGAGGCUGUAAUCGCUGCCAAAGGUGCUUCAACAAAGGACAGAGUAAAGGGUCUGAAUAUUUAUGUAAAUGUGUGUUUUUUCCCCAAUAAAUUUGAAAAAAGAAAAGAAAAUCCUGUUUUUACUUUGUAAUUAUGGGGUAUUGUGUGUAGAUUGAUGAGGGGGGAAAAAAACAAUUUAAUCAAUUUAACAAAAUGUGGAAAAAGUAUAGGGCUCUGAAUCCUUUCCGAAUGCACUGUAGCUGCUUAACUGUUCUAUUGUUGGCUACAGCACGUACAGUAUAUAAUCACUGUAUGGGAUAAGUCUUAUGUUGGCUUAUGUUGAAUUUCUUUGGCUACUGGUUUAGUAGUCUUAGGAGCUACCUAGCUUUGUCACUAGUCAAGUCCCUGGAUAAUAAAAUGUUCUUAGGGUGGGGUAGGUGAAAAGGAAAAAUAUCACUCAAUCUCUCCAUCUAUAUGGAAAUGCGAUAAUGACUUUGUUUUUGCAAAGUGCGUGAGAAAGAAUUCCAUCCUUAGUCGCCCUCUCUCUCACCCCCUCCCUCUCUCCAGAGUGACAUAGCAGAUGUGCCAAACGAGAGUUCGAAGAACGACAAGAAAGGGAAGGUGAACGCCAACGUGAAGGCCAACGUCACGCCACAGACCAGCUCGGACCCGGCUCAGUCCUCUAAGUCUGCCCAGAACAACACCACAGAGACCAAGAAGGGUACGACACACACACACACACACACAAACACAAUCUGAGACCUAGCAUUGGUACAAUUGAGACGUUUUCCAUUUCUCUCUUUGUAGAUACAAAUACCCUCGUGCCUCAUGUGAACAUUGAUGACUUGAAACAGAUGAAGGUGAGAGACUAGCCCCUGAAAACUAGCGAAUCUCUAACCAUAACCUUCACAUUUCCUAUGGUUUCCAAAACACUUUUCCCAGUGGUUCUGCAGUUUGUUCAUUUCUCAUCAGGUCUGUUUAUUCACUUACAUCAGUCAGAUAGAUCCUGCAGGAGAAACAGAGGGGAGAAAUGCAGCACCGUCAUUCCUCACACAGUCUGUCUCUUUUUAACUCGCUGUCCUUUGAUUUAGUCAAUUAAAUCUGGUUUCAAUAAUCCGUUUUUCCUCUCCUAAGACGUACCUUAAACAGAUUAAGAAGCAGCAGAAAGAGCUGAACUCUUUAAAGAAGAAGCAUGCAAAGGUGGGUUGAUGUUUUAGACUGCUCUUAUAUUAACAGGUCCCAGAGCAGACCAGGACAGAUAAUUAAUUCUGAGGUCCACACAUUGAUCGAGAGAGAGAGGCGAGAGAGAGGUCUUUCCAUUCGUCAUCCACUGUUGUCUGACCCCUGCCCCACACACACACACAGCAUCAUGUAACCUAAGAUGGACAGUGUUUCUCUUUGAUCUCACCAGAGACUUGCUAAGAUGACCACCCUCUCACACACACACACACACACACACACACACACUAGCUAGACUUCAAUCACUAAUACAUCUGUCCUUAUGAAAUCCUGUCUUAUGCAACAGCCUGUGUGUUUUUGAAAAAGAAAUAGGUUUGUACACAAAAGAGAUGGACUCUUGUAAGGUUUACCAUAGCAACCAGUCUGCCCUCUUUGCCUGUUCUGUUGCAUAACAGUUAUGACACUCAGACUGAUGUUUUAAACAGAUGUAGCCUUUAGUUUAAUAUGUUCUACUGAUGUUUUAUUGGUGUUAGUCCUCAGCUAUAUGGCUGACUGUAAUGCUGAAUUACUUGAUUAAGAAAGGUUGGACCAAGCUAUCUCCCUUCUGCAAUUGUAUCUCACCGUAGAUCAAUUCUGACUUGAUAUCGUCAUUCAUAUGUCUUGUUUUGUCUCAGGACCGCACCAUCAUGCAGAAGUCCCACUGCACCCAGGUGGACAAGAUGAUCGCUCAGCACGACAAGGAGAAGCUGACACAGGAGAAACUGUUGGAGAAGGCCAUCAAGAAACGAGGGUAAAUAUCAGGACCUAAAGGAUCAGUCAAUCAGCCAAUCAAUCAAUCAAUCAAUCAAUCAAUCAAUGAUAAUGAAAAGCUGAAAGAAACAUUGAACUUAAACAUUCAUUCUGGGAUAUCUAGCACCUGCACAAAGCCAUUAGGUGUGAAUUAAUCUCUCGUGGACAGACUACGUAAAUUGAGCAGCGGACCAAAUUACGCAAGAUUUUAGUUCUGGGUUAACCAAGAAACGGUGUGAAUAUGUUCUACCAUGUCUCACCUAGCUAACAAGUACCUUUCUGUCGUCCCCACAGAGAAAGCAACUGUCUGGAGUUGAAGAAGGAGACUGAGAGUAAAGUGGAGAGCCUGACCACUGACCACAAGGCUAAGGUAACCCUGCAAUGUCCGUCAUACAAACAUCUCUGAGAGCAGUGGAAAAUGUUUAGUUUGACUCUAGUUCUCCCUCAUUGGAAUGUACUGGUUUGUACUGCUGGGUUUAGGUUAUUGACAUCACAGUGUAGCGCACGAAGGAAUGUGUAGUGUUAAAGUAACGUGUUUAUUACAGGUGAAGGAUAUUACAACCCAGCACACUAAGGAGUGGUCAGAGGAAAUAUAGUAUUUAAGUGUUUAGGGUGUAAGUGUAUAUCCUGUGCCCUACAGGUGAAGGAUAUUACAGCCCAACACACUAAGGAGUGGUCAGAGAUGAUCAACUCCCACAGCAGUGUUGAGCAGGAUAUGAAGGACAUCCACGUGGUCCAACAGUGUGAACACCUCAAGAAACUACUGAGCGGAGUCCAGGAACAACAGACUCUAUCGCUCAAACUGAUCCACGAACGGUGAGAGAUAGAGACGCGCACUCACAUGUGCAAGGCGCACAAAGUAAACCCUACAUCUCAAACUCAUCCACGAACUGUAGCACACAGCCAGAACAACUGACACUACUGCUCAAACCGGGAAAUUCUGAGAUUUUGCAUUGGGACAACACACAUGCAUGAUGUAUUUUCUAGGUAUGAUGUCCCUGAAUGUCCUUGAAUGUCUAAUUAUCUGACAUGUGAACCCAUCUUGGGCACUUUGAGCUGUGAGUUUGUCCUGUCAGGUAUAUGCGUACUUGAUAAGGUUCCUUACCAGACUUUGUUGUUGUCCCCUCUCAGCCAGAGCAAGGAUAUGCGGGCCAACCAGGCCAAGACGUCCAUGGAGAACAGCAAGGCCAUCAGUCAGGACAAGACCAUCAAGAACAAAGCCGAGAGGGAGAGGUGGGUCACACUGCCGGGCCCACAAAUCACUAACUGAAUUAUACUGCAUGGAGAAUAUACAGGUAACUGCCAAAAUAAAGGAAACACCAACAUAAAGUGUCUUAAUAGAGCGUUGGGCCACCACGAGCCAGAACAGCUUCAAUGCACCUUGGCAUAGAUUCUACAAGUGUCUGGAACUCUAUUGGAGGGAUUCCAUUAUUUUGUGUUUUGUUGAUGGUGGUGGAAAACGCUGUCUCAGGCGCCGCUCCAGAAUCUCCCAUAAGUGUUCAAUUGGGUUGAGAUCAGGUGACUGAGACGGCCAUGGCAUAUUGUUUACAUCGUUUUCCUGCUCAUCAAACCAUUCAGUGACCACUCGUGCCCUGUGGAUGGGGGCAUUGUCAUCCUAUGGGGGCAUAGCCAUGGUAGCCAAAAUAAUGGCAUGCCCAGCAUUUUUAUACAUGACCCUAAGCAUGAUGGGAUAUUAAUUGCUUAAUUAACUCUGGAACCACACCUGUGUGAAAGCACCUGCUUUCAAUAUAUACUGAACCAAAAUAUAAAUGCAACAUGUAAAGUGUUGGUCCCGUGUUUCAUGAGCUGAAAUUGAAAUCCAUACGCACAGAAAGCUUAUUUCUUUCUAAUUUUGUGCACAAAUUUGUUUACAUCCCUGUUAGUGAGCGUUUCUCCUUUGCCAAUAUAAUCCAUCCACCUGACAGGUGUGGCAUGUCAAGAAGCUGAUUAAACAGCAUGAUCAUUAGACAGGUGCACAAUAAAAGGACACUUUAAAAUGUGCAGUUUUGUCACACAACACAAUGCCACAGAUGUAUCAAGAGGGAGCGUGCAAUUGGCAUGCUGACUGCAGGAAUGUCCACCAGAGCUGUUGCCAGAUAAUUUAAUGUUAAUUUCUCUACCAUAAGCCGCCUUCAACGUCGUUUUAGAGAAUUUGGCAGUAUGUCCAACCGGCCUCACAACCGCAGACCACAUGUAACCACGCCAGCCCAGGACCUUCAUAUCCGGCUUCUUCACCUGCCGGAUCGUCUUAAGGGGGAGGGGGGUGCUGAGGAGUAUUUCUGUCUGUAAUAAAGCCCUUUUGUAGGGAAAUACUAAUUCUGAUUGGCUGGGCCUGGCUCCCCAGUGGGUGGGCCCCUGCCCAGUCAUGUGAAAUCCUAAUUUAUUUAUUUCAAUUGACUGAUAUCCUUAUAUGAACUGUAACUCAGUAAAAUCUUUGACAUUGUUGCAUGUUGCGUUUAUAUUUUUGUUCAGUAUACUUUGUAUCCCUCAUUUACUCAAGUUUUUCCAUUAUUUUGGCAAUUACCUGUAGGUUAUGUCAGGAUGAAAAUAGACUGUGUAGGUCUUAUGCAUCCCCUAUGAACACCCCUUAAAGAUGGAAUCCUUAAUGGUGAAACUGCCACGUCCUUUUGUGAUAUUACAACAACAAAGAACCCAACGAACACAGUUUUUUCCCUCUUAUGCAGAGCGACUUACAGAAUGCCAAGAGUGUGCAAAGCUGUCAUCAAGGCAAAGUGUGGCUAUUUGAAGAAUCUCAAAUAUAAAAUAUAUUUUGAUUUGUUUAACUCUUUUUGGUUACUACAUGAUUCCAUAUGUGUUAUUUCAUAGUUUUGAUGUCUUCACUAUUAUUCUACCAUGUAAAAAAUAGUAAAAAUAAAGUGUUGUGUCCAAACUUUUGACUGGUACUGUACAUCACAGAAGACUGAAAUAUAACAAAACCGUUUGACAUAGAAAUACAAUUAUGAGAAAUAUUAAUAACAUUCCACCCAUGAAGCCACUAGAGGGCAAUUUGGUCAUUUGACUGCAGGAAAGGGCUACACUGUAAAAAAUCUUAUAAUCUCACUCUCGUUCUCUUCACAGGAGAGUUAGAGAGUUGAACAGCAGCAACACCAAAAAGUUCCUUGAGGAGAGGAAAAGGGUUGGUGUUCUAUCUUCUACUAAUUCUAAAGAUGUGACACUGUUGAGGUGAAUCAACUAAGGCCUUAGCCUUGUAAUGGUUUGCUUAGCCGAUACAUGUUGGUGUUGAUGUAAAUUACUCUUAGUCCUUCCUCCAUCUUUCUCCUCUCUCCAUCUUUCUCCUCUCUCCAUCUUUCUCCUCUCUCCAUCUCUUGCUCCACAACCUUCCAACAUACCUAAUUUCCCUGUUGAAAUAUAAAAAUAUGAGAUACCAAACCCGUUCGCAGGGUUGGUUAACUCUUGAGGUCCCGCUUGUCUCUGCAAAGUUUGGUAAAUCUGCCUUUAGUUUUAAUGCACCACAGUUAUGGAAUACCUUACAAAACAAAUUACACCUGGAUUCCCUGGUGCCGAUAAGGCAGUUUAAAACUCAGUUGUUAAAUGAGUUCACUGAAGUGUGUUAUUGUUUCAAUUGACUAUUACUUGUAAUAACCUGAUGUAAUAUAUUUAUAGCCGUCUUGUAGUUUUUAUUUCUGUUGUUGCUGUAUUGAUGUAAUUUGUGUCUUCAGGGCACCAUUGUAAAUGAGACACUGGUCUCAAUUGGGUUCCCCUGAAUAAAUAAAAGUGAGUAAAAUAAUACAAUAAAAUCUUUCUCCUCCCUCCAUCUCCCUUCCUCCCUCCCUCCAUCUCUAGUUGGCUAUGAAGCAUCAGAAGGAGAUGGAGACACUGGAGAAGUCACAGAAAGAACAGCUAGAGGAACUGGACAAGUUCAAUGAGCAGGUAUCUAACCGCUGAUCUAGGAUCAGAUUAGCACACUAAUAAAUCAUAGUUGCAUUGUUUGUUGUCAUUCCAUCAUGGCCUGUACAUGUAUGUUACAUGUAUGUUCUCUCUCAUCCCUUUUAUAAUAUGAUUUGCUUGUUUUUGCACCACAGCUUUUGAAAUCACAUCAUGCCAAUAAACAGUGUCAAGGUAGGCGCAUCCAUCCGUCCCAUCUUCCUAACCCCUGACCCCUCUCUCUCUUCUUCUCCUUCCCUUUUUCAAUCCACCAUCCCUCUCAAUGUACCCAUCUCGAAUCAAGCACUAACACCCUGCUCCAAUACUGAUAAUGCUUCCUUCCUUACGACCUUUCUUGAAGUGAACACAGAUCUACCUGUGCGUGUCAUUGGAUAUUCCCAGUCCCUCUCUGUCCCCCCCUUUGAUUGGUCAACUUUUCCAACUCCAGUUUUCCUAUUUCUGUUCAUUCUGUUUGAAUCUUCUGUUAUCUGCUCUGUUUAGUCCAAGUGGAUUCACUAUAGGUCCUUUCUACCUGUUAGAGUAGACUGUAUGUUAUUCUAUGAGAGAGAGAGAGAGAGAGAGAGAGAGAGAGAGAGAGAGAAGAGAGAGAGAGAGAGAGAGAGGAGAGAGAGAGAGAGAGAGAGAGUCUUUGUUUUAUUAAACUACAUGGCAACCUUUUAAUAUGCUGCGCUCAGGGUGUCAGCAGUCAGUCCUGUCUACAUGAGUCAUUGAUCAUUAUGAUGAGUCAUGGGAGCAUUACUAAGCGCAACGACCCAGGAGACGUUCUAUUGCUGCUUCACUGAGAGUCUUCCUGACACCUGGAUAUCAUGUCACAUUAUGCUGCAACACUGGGACAGGACAGGAAGGGUUCGUUUGGGCCAGCCUAGUUUAGGUAGUUGUACUGUUACUGUAGUUUAAAUCAGUGUAGAAUUCUGUACCUGUCUCUGGUAGGAGUGUGUGUGGAUUCUUGCAUUGGGAGGUGUGUGUGUGUAACAGUGUGUGUGUGUGUUGGUUCCCUCCAGGCCAAGGACAUCCAGCAGAUGGUGAAGCUGGAGGAGGAGAUGGACCGCAGACCAGCCACAGUGGUCUGAACACCCCCACCAACACCUGAGACACACACACACACACACA